GCGGCUGCGGCUGAUGACGUUCGGUGGUUUCGGUGUGAAUGGGGGCUGGGAGCGGUAAACAUGUCAAUGCAAGGGAUGGAGGAGCCCGAGGAGUUACUGAAUCCCUCCCGGGACCUUCCCUGGGACCGCUUCUCCGCCUGGCUGCACUGUAUCUGCGUGGUGGGCUUUGACCUGGAGCUGGGCCAGACCGUGGAGGUGAGUGUGUGAGUGAGGGAGGGGGUAACAGUGGGACCUGCACAGUGAUUAUCGGUGGGUGAGCCUGGCAGUAAGUGGUCCUUUCCAUGUGAUGGCUGUGAAUCCUGCUAUAGCCUACACUGACAUAGAGGGACCCUAACAACAGCCCCCCCAGUUGACAGUGGUCCCCUCCUUUAUACCAAAAUCCCACCCUACAGGAGGGCCCUCUGAAAUCUAUUAUAGGUCUCCCUGCAGAUUAGACCCCCUCCUAUCCCCCCAACCAUCCAAAUAUAUCUCAAAUUACAUAUGAAGAGGGUAAACUUCAACUAAGUGGCUUAGAGCCCUGUAGGCUAUUUUUUGUAAAGGCUAUCAGUCCUUCAAAUAUCAAUAAAAACCCUUCAAUGAAGGUGCUUCUUAGUCUCUUUGGUAGCUAUUACAGUUAGGAGAUGCAUUUAUUACAGGGGGCAUUAAUUUUUACAUUCUAUGUGUGUUUCUCCAUUGCCCAUUACAUUACAGUUUUAUGUAUCUAGGCAUCUUGCUGUUGUGAUUUACUUGACCUGUGACAAUUUUAUAAUCUGGUCAAUAGUUCCCCUCUUUAGGUUUUUGCUAUUUGUUAGUACCUUGUAUCGAUAGAUCUAUCAAGAGCACAUGAUAGAAUGUGCUGAAUAGAACGUAGCAAAAGUGCUUUCUUGGAUAAUUAAUCAUGGGAUUGAUUUUUUUUUUUUAGUUAAAUUAAGUAAAAUAAAUAACAUGAAAUGUCUUUUUAGUUUCCUAGGAUUUAACCCCUACCAAUGUCAUGUGUUUCCUGACAGAUUUCAAGCCGAAAUCAAACCUACACCAGUGAUUACUAACCUGUAUGCUAGCAGAGCAUAAAACAAUAUGUAGUGCCAAAGUGGAACAUUUACUAAUCUUAAUACUAGACACAUUUAUUUGUUGGAGCUUUAUAAAUAAUAAUCAUUUAUACUCCCUACGUGUACAGAAAUGCUCAUCUCGUCUGCUAGCAGACAAGUUUUCUUCUCUUAAAUGAUGAAUGGUUAAUGUAACCAUAAUUUGUUUGUUCACAUUUACAGUAUUGACUUGUUACGUAGUAAAUGAAAAUAAAUGUCGUUUAGGAAUUGUAGCUGAAAUGUAUUGUUUUGCAUUUUUAUUAAUAACUGGACGUCAGUAACAUACAACUGCAUUAUUUCAGCAGUUUAUAAACAUCAUCUGUACACACUGUGUAAUUAAUACACAGUGUGUUGUGGACUUUCUAAGUACAGGCCAAAAGGUGACAAACAAGCUAAACAUCUACUAAUUUUCCUUAAACUUUUUCAAGCUGUUUCUCAAUUUACCUAUAUUUUUUACCAUUCAGAAAAAUAAAGAUCUAGGAUUACCUUCCUCCAAAGAAUGUAAAUAUGAAUACAAUGCAGUUUACUAUAAUUUACUUUUUGAUAUGUUUGACUUAUUAGCGAGAAUAAUAAAUGUAAUUAAUUUGUUUUUUCUUUAACCGUCUCUCUUUUAAUUUUCUGCUAUUGUUUUGAAGUCAAAAGAUGUUGGUAGUUUUAGGCCAUUAGUAUCUGGGUACUAGCUCUUUAAGCAAUUUUCCAGACUAUUGCAAUUUAUUUUGAUGGCAUAGGACUUUGUGCACGUCACAUUUUGAUUUUGCUGUAAUAAAAGUAUAUGACCUAGCGCUGGGCACAGUAUACAUUUUUCUUAAGCACAGCAGUACCACUUACUACCAUGACACUUAGCCAGACUACUAAUGUUCAGUGCUACGCGCUUCCUGAUUUGCCCUGAGACUCCUUACUAAUAUUAAUUAUUCAUGUGUUCCUACUGCUGCCCAGUUAUCCUAGCUUGCUUGCUAACGUAGUACUCAAUCCGUGAUCUAACUAGUUACUUUCAUUGUGCUCCACUCUUGUUUACUUCGUUUGUUUCUCUAAAACAACAACAAAUAAAUAAAUGAGGCAGUCCUACUUAGGCGUUUGUUACUAUACAUUAUACCUACUAUCUUGCAAUAUUUAUGAUUGAUAUGACUCCUUACUUUUCUUUCUGUAAUGUGACUUCAAUGCCUUAACAAAACAAAGAUUGACUAAAAAAAAAAAAAAAAAACUAUUUGACAAUCGAGUUGAUCCAUAUUGUUAUGUACAGGGUUUACACUAUUUCUGCUUUCUAUACUGUGUAUUGUAAUGCAUUUAAGUGAUGAUGAGACACAAAGAGCAUCUUUUUAUGUAAUAGUUUGUUAAAAGAACACUCUAAGUAGCGCCAUAACCACUACAGCUUACCUGGGAGUCCGCUGGUUUCCACCUCCCCUGGAAUAAACCCAUGGUAGUACAAAUUAGUUCUGCCCAUUUGUAUACUGUGUUAUUAAUUGAUUGCCUUGGAAAUGCUGCAGUGUAAUGCUGUUGCAUACCAACCUUUGUGUUAAACAUGUCUCCAGAUUUACUGACACUGCAGAAGUCGGUACAAAUCAGUUAAUUAGUUUCGCAAGCCAGGUGUUUUUAUAAACUUCACAAUAAUUUGACUGUAAAGGGUUUAUUAUUCAGUAAACUGUUUAAUAACGCAUUGAUCAUCAAAUCUGUUAAAACGUAUGCCAAAAUUAUGUAGAUGGAACGAUUUUUCACUUUGCAUGUAUCUUGCAUAUUCAGUUUUGAAUUCACAGAUCAAUAACCAAAUCUACCUAUGCUGCAGCUUUAAAGCAGCCCUGUCACACUGAAAAUUGAGUACUUCGUUAAGAUUCCAACCCAGUCAGGAGAUAUACAGAGACAAAGUUGGGACUACUUAGUCUCUGUAUUUCCCCUCUGCCUGACUUUCUUAGACUCAAGGCGGAGUCUAAGAGUCAACCCCAAAGCCGUCACCAGUGACGGCUGCAGGGAAUUGGCUGUGUUUAUGGAGGAUCCUACUGUCUCACGUAGACCUCACAACUGCUCCUGGCUCUUGUUGAAGAGGACCAGCACAAGCAAGGUGGUGGCGCCCGCUAGGGACAGAUUCAGAUAAUCUCAACUUUACAUGCCCCUGGCCACCAUGCCCCGAGCAGCAAUGUCACUGCAAAUUGAGCAAAGUCCCCAGAUAAUGACAGCGCUUCUUUGAAGGGACACUAUAGUCACCACAACCACUACAAUGUAGUGGUUCUGGUGUCUAUAGUAUGCCUUUGCAGGCUCAGCUGGAUUGUAAGAGAAAGGCAGUGUUCACAUUGCUGGCUAGUAAAACCUACAUUGCUGUCUAGUAACACCUCUAGGAGCAGUUACUCCGACGCUCACUGUUUUAUGUUCAGUUAUGAAGUCUUCCUUAUUUUCUUAUGCAUGCCGGAGAUAAUGCACUAACAAAAUAAAUCUAUAAAUCAGGCAAACUUUGCAAAUGUCCAAAGGGCAGUGAUGGUCAUGGGCUGAGACAGACAGGGGAAAUCAAAGGAUCUCUCCUGCUGACUCAUUUAUGGCACUGAGCCAAAAGAGGCUGUUGGAGAUUGUCAUCUUCAGUGAGCCCUAAUGUCAGAGGUACUUCCUAGUUCAGUGUGUAGCACUUGUGUUCAGUGUCUCCAUGCUACCUAUAGGAGUGGGGCCGGAGCCGGUCAAGGAGUAUGUUGUCAGCAAUGGUUUUUCUGUCUGACCCUUCACAGAGUGAUUCCACUGGUUAGCACUUCAGUGUUCUGAAAUUAUCAAAGAUCACCAGAACAACAGAGGCUACAUGGCUCUCUUUCCCUGGCAUUAUGGUUCACUGAAGGUAACUUAAAGGGACACUAUAGUCACCAGAACAACAGCUUAAUGUAGUGGUUCUGGUGUCUAUACCCUGUACAUUUUUUCAAUGUACAUUGCUGUCUUGGGACACCUCUAGUGAAAGUCACUCAGACGGCCACUAGAGGUGCUUUCUAGGUCAGUGCUGCACAAUGAACAGCACUGGUGUUCAGAGUCUAUAUGCUUCAAAAUGGAGAUGCUGUUUGGUGCAGCGUGACGUUUUGCUGCGCAUGCCCGAUAGCCUCCCAAUGCUUUCCUAUGGGAAAGCAUUGGAUUGGCUGAUAUCAUCAAGCUUGAUGAUCUCAGCCAAGGGGGCAGUGCCGGCCACAGCCAGAUCCACUUGGCGCUUAAAAAAAGAAAAAAAAAGAAAAGGGGAGUAAAUCACCUUUUUAACUUGAUGUAAGGGGAGCCGGUGGACUGAACAGCUAUUUAAUACUUUAGUGUCAGUAAUACAUGUUUGUAUUCCUAAAAUUAUAGUGUUUCUUUAAUCUCAAACCAGCUCAUCAGUGCUCAUCAUGUUUGUAUUCCUAAAAUUAUAGUGUUUCUUUAAUCUCAAACCAGCUCAUCAGUGCCAUUGAUGGGCCGGCAGGAGAAAUACUUUAAAGUCCCCUGUCGGUCUCAGCCCAUGGUCACCCCUGCCCAUUGAGGAUUUGCACAGUUUGCCCGAUGGCCAGUUUGGGUGUGAGAGAGAGAGAGAGAGAGAGAGAGAGAAUAUUUAUUUUGUUAAUGCAUUAUCUCUCCGAGAUUCAUACAAAUAUAAGGAAGCCAACUUCAUCAUCUAACAUAAAGUAUAGAAUUUUUUUUAUGUAGGUGUAUUCUUAAAUUGAAACACAUCCAUUCUGUUUUAUUAACCUGUGAGAGCCAUCAGUUGUAUAAUAUGCAUUCUGCUAGCCAGCGACUUUAAUAGUGAAGGUGUUUAGUUUAGAGAAAAACCAAACUGCCCUAUUUAGCAUGCUUGGCAUGCAGUCUUUUUGUUUGCCUAGGUGCCUGUGAUAUAUUACAAUUAGUAAACUGUAUUAAUCACAGCCGACAGAUUGAAAUUGAACUUGUGUGUUGCAUGAUUUUCCUGGGUAUAAAAUUUGCUAAGAAUCAUGAAUUAUUAAGUAGCCAUUGAUUUCUGUUCAAGGUUCCCCUUGGUGUCUGGUUUAAUGUUAGCAGACAUUGUUGUUGUCAGGAUUCUAUGGACACCCCAUGAUUGAAGUCCUAUGUCUGCAGACAAAUGGUGCUGUAGAAUUUCAGACUUCAAUUAAUUACGCAAUCUGGCCAAUCACAUUGGAAAACCAAAGGGUGAUUUACAGCCCUUAAUGUGCUCCCUAAAGAGGCUCAGCAUCUGCCAUAGCCUUUGUGGGGCUUUUCUUUAUGGCUAGGGUUACCACAUUAACCAUUUUAAGUGGGACGCUUAUAAAUACUGCAGAUGAUGUGUCCGUGCUUAAAGAUGCUCUCUGGCGAUGUGUGUAAUUUAAAUUGCUCCCAUUUUAAAAAUUAAGUAUCCACCCUGACUUCAUUUAGACUGCAUGUACCAAUUAUUACUGGGCAGUACUUAGCCUUGAUCAAUGAACGCAAAAUUAUUUUUUAUUUAUUUAUUUAUAAAUUAGGAGAGGUCAGGCAUCCCUACAUAGACUAUUACUUUUUAUAUAUAUAUAUAGGGUUCAAAUCAUUAUCAAUAUAAAUUAACAGUCUCAAUCAUUAAAAUGAUCACUUAUUACUAAAAUGCUCCUUACAUACAGGGAUGUUGUGAAAAAAGGUAGUUUUCUGUUUCUCUCCUGGCUGUGAUUAGCAAAAAGUUGAUAAAGUUAUAAGCUCACCCAUUCAGUGAUUGUUGUCACAGCUUUAUGUCCUAUUUUUCUGUCCAAAAUGAGUAUUCAUUAUACAGAUUCCCACCUCCCGUGAAGGUAAUUUACAGUGUUAAAGGGGAACUGUCACUUUUGAAAUUAAACUGGUGGCAUCUCAUCUACACAAAUGCAUAAAAACAAAACAAAAAAAACCCUAUUUUUAUUUAAAUAACUUACUGUCUUAUUAGCCACUGUCGCAUAAACUGAUGCUCUCAGCCUAUCCUCUGCACCCAGUCCAAAGCUUCCUGAUUGAAGCCUCGGACUGGAUAUUAAGUGAAGGGGCAGAACUGACUGGCAAUUAAUCUAAUAUUUUGGGAUUAAGCCGUACGUUCGAGGUUAACUACUUCAGGUAAACUGUUGCACGGGACUUCCAUGCACCAUAACAUCUCAUUGCAAUAAAGUUAUUAGAUCGGUUGUUGGUUAUGCAUGGAGUGAUCCUUUUAACCAUUUUUUUUUUUUUUUUUCAUGUGAUGUUCCAUUUUCUUCUUAAAUUUAAAGAGACACUCCAGACACCAAAACAACUUCAUCUAAAUGAAAUUGCCAGGAGGCCCCUGGGGCCACUCUUACCUCAAGGGGUUAAACAGUUCUCAAACAGUUUAACACCUAAGUUGCAUCGAGCGGUGAUGUACGCUCCCCCCACCCCCCUUCUCGGGCCCAUCCGGUUUCUGAAAUUUCACUUAUAGUAAGCACAGAGUGCUACUGGGUUGGGACACCGCUGCUUGUCUGAGAGCAGUCAGCGGAUGCUCUCAGCCAAUUAGUUUCUCCCCAUUCACAAAACUGGCUUGGAAAAGGGACAUUUCUUUCCAAACCAGUUUUGUGAAUGGGGAGUUACCCAGCAAGUAUAACCAUAUAGUUUGGAAUAUACCAGAAAUUGUGAUUUAUUUAUUUAUUUCCAGUUUAGCGUUCAUUUUUGCGAAUUCUUAGGGUCAGUCAGUAAAUCAGGAAAUGUUUAGCAUUGAAUAGGAAUGUGCACAUUUUAGGCCAAAAAAGCCUAACUAUUCAACUUCAACAACAAUUUUUGGGUUAAAUAUUGCCGUUGUAUGGUUUGUUUGGUACAUAUGUACCACAAUUUCAGAGAUAUAAAUGUGAUUUUUUUUUUUUUUUUUUUUAAAUCUGUCUAAUUUAACCAACUAACUACUAAUGUCUUGCAAUUGGCCAAACCACUGACACACAUGAGGUUAAAUCUAAUAAUGUUAGCAGGUUAUCGUUUAUUGCUUGACUGAUCUUCUUUUCUUCAUUAUUCGGGCAUUUCUCAGUAUAGUGAAAAGAAAGUCAUGUUUAUUUUACACGGCAUGUAGCAGUACGGCCGCUGUUUCAUAGAAUAAAUAUUGGUGGUUCCAUUCACAGACCGGAGACGUGGCCAUAUUUUGCUGCAUGUUAUGCUGCAAUAUGAAACUGUAAACCAUUCCUCUUUCAGUCUGUGAUAAUACAAUCAGGUUAUUAACCCCAGUAAUCCAAUUUAUUGGUUAAUAUACUUAUUGAUUUGAUACUUUCUAACGUCACUGCCUGAAUAUCAUACAAAGUACAAGGUUUACCAUGCUGAAGAUAACCCACCAUCUGUAUUUUAUAUAUUUUUUGCACAAUUAGAUCGCAUUACAUAUGAAAAUGUUCUUCUUUGUCGCACCAGAGUCAUAACUAAGAACAGGAAUCUUGUGAAAAGUUGCUUACUGCAUUCACAAAACCUCAACAGUUAUUUAUUUCUUAAUGUUUUUGAAGUUUCGAUUGAAAAAGUCAUUUAAAAAAAAAAAAAAAACACAAUUUUUAAAAAUUUUGAGUAUUGACGUGACUAUUCGCCUACAUCUCUGCUUGGAAAAGUUAUUUACGAACGUGAGAAUUGUUGGGAAUUCAAAAUAAAUUCCAAAUUUUAUACAAAAAUAGCCAAACCGAAAACUAUAUUUGGCCUGAAGACUUUUUCCACCUAAGCUACUUUGACCUACAAUUUGACUUUCACUUUGAAAUCCCCACAUUCCCUUGUGUAGUUAAUAAGCCUUUCACAGUUUUAGUUCUGAGUCAUCAAUGUGUUCCACUUGGGCAAACUUGAGAAAUAGAUGACAUUGCUGAAUGUGGGCAAUGCUCAGGGUGUUCAGCUGCUUAAUUUCAAGAUUGUACCAAUCCAGUUUCAUUGCAUUCCUACAAUAAUUCCCUAGGUAUAUCUGCAAAGCUACUGAAAAUGGUUAUGUAAACAAUGCUGAUGUAGGUUUUACAGCAGACCUAUGUUAUGUAAGAUCCAUUAAACAAACACAAGUGAUAUAACAAGGGGACAAGAUAAUCCGUUUGGAUGAACCCAAAUGAACUAGACAAAUUUCCAUGGCAGCUCAUCGCUGGGAAGAAAAUUGGAAUUCUUCCUUGGAGAUCUAGAAUACACUUUUCUCCUUGGUGCUAAGUCAGCAGAUUGUUCUGAUUUGUUCUUAACAGGGAGAGGGCGAAAGUGAAAUCUGAGUUGCUAGGAUAAUUGCUGCUGUGUCAAAAGUGCAAGCUAUACAUGGCAAAUACUCGUAUUAUGGAGACAGUAUAGAGUUUUAAAGUGACUUUUAAAGAAAGUUUUUUCCAUUUUUUUUAAACUCUCCCCCCUUCCAAAAUUAACAAAAUAAGAAAAUAGUAGAAUGGUUUCCUUUGUCUGGUACUAGAGAUAUAGAGAUGGACUUAAAGUAUAAAUUAAAUUUAAAACUCAUGGUUUUUCCCACUAUUUAUUUUUCUUUUUUUUUUAAUAUAGUCAUGUGAUUGAAUAUAAUAUUUUAAAUUUUAUUAAAAAAAAAAAAUGUUUAAUACGUUGACAUGGCCGCUGUGGUUCUUUAGAAAAGGGGAUAAAGUAUGAUUUAAAAAAAUAAAAAAAAAUGCAUCAAAAUAUCUUUAGCUUAAUGUGGCAGUUUUAGUAUUAAGAUCAUGCCGCUUAUGCGUUAAAUCACUUUUGUUUCUGACAAUGCAGCUCUAGCCACAUUGGCUGUGACUUGCAUAGCCUGCAUAAAAAAAGGUUUUAUUUUCAAUCAGAUGUCUACUUGCUUUAGACAUUUUAUCUCCUGCUUUGUUGAACUUUAAUCAAACACAGGGGGCUUCUGCAGGAUCCAGAAGGCUAUUAACAGAAUGGGAGAUAAGAAAUUCUACAAUAAACAGAAUGUACAAAGUGUUUAGGAAAGCUGUAGAAGUCACAUGUAUCGAGGUUUGAUUAGGGCUGCAUAAGAAAAGUGAUUUAAAUCCUAAAUGGCAGAGAAUUGAGCAGUGAGACUACAGUGACAUGAUCUAUACCACAAAGCUGCUUCAUUAACCUAAACUUAUGUUGGUGACGAUACUGUCCAUUUUAAUGCAAAAAGAAAUUCAAUUGAUGACUUGUUUGCUAAUUUCAUUCUUUUUACUUUCCCCCUGCCUAGGCGUUAUUUCCUCCAAAUGCUAAACUAACAGAUAAAGAGGUAAGUGAAGCACACAUCAAGCAUGAGACACAAUGCCGUUGUGACAAUGAUUCUUUACCUGAAUGGGCUUUAAUAAUCAUAUGAAUUAUAAGUAAUAAUAUAGAACAUAUGAUCUACUGUAGCAACAUAAACCUAAAUAAUACACUUUCAUUAUGAAAGUCUGAUAUUAAGGUUUAUGUUGCCUGAGCAGAUCAUGUUUGCAAACAUUGUACUGCAUGGUAUGAGAGAUCCUAAUUCAUGCAUUAUUCUUUGAAAUGCAUAGUUUGACUUCGUGUCUUUACGCCUCUAUUAAUGCUGAUGGAGAGUUGUAAGCUCCUAAGCAGGACCUUCUGUUAGUUCUAGUCUCCCUUACCUAAUGAGUUAUGCUUUGCAUUGCAGAGCUUAGCUCAAAGAGCGUCCGGUUUCCCAUCGGCAGCAGUGGAGACAGGGAGGAGGACACAAGUUAAACCGUUAAUGUGGGGGACAGGGGCGACUGGGAUCUCCUGACAUCAUGUCCACUACUGAGUGCUCUACUGAGGCUCCCUUUUGUGAUGUAAUUGGAGAUGGCUACAAUUUGUUUUGCCUUCUGUUGGAUCAAAUGCAUAAAAGAAUUUUCUUCAUGGUAAUACUUUUUUCCAACCUAGACAACUAUGUAACUGUGUAAUUUUUGUUUUGGUGUUUGUGUUUUUUUUUUUUUAUUAUCUUUAUUUACUUUUAAUAGUUUAUAUGUAAAAAUGUUUAUAUUCAUGUAAUCGCUGAAUUGUCUGUUUAAUCCUAUAGCCUCAUGAAUGCUGUUGAAAUAUUUAAAGAGGUACACAACUGUAGCAUCUGGUCUCCUGUAAGCUGUAUAAUAUGGCACAUUUUAGAGGACAGACAGAUGAUUGGAAGAUUCAGUUUUCCAUUUAAUCCUGUUCCUUUAUUUAUAUUUAUUUUUGCAGAAAACCAGUAUCUGUUAUCUUUCCUUCCCAGACUCAAAUUCAGGUAAUAAAAUCUAUGUAUACUGUUUUAUUUUAAACAAACGUGUACUGAGACAGGUUUAUAUUUAAUUUUAAAAAUGCAUACAACAGGACCCAUUGUACUUGAAGGAGGUUAAUACUUUAAGAUCUAAUAGCACUUGUGUUAACUCAAGGGCGGUUUAAAUAAUAUUUUAAAAAGUUGAAAGUACAGAGGCCAAUUGCAUAGUUUGGUGAGCCAGACUCCCUUUUUAAUAGCCAGGAUCGAGUUUUUAUCCUUAAAGGACCACUCUAGGCACCCAGACCACUUCAGCUUAAUGAAGUGGUCUGGGUGCCAGGUCAUUCUAGGGUUAACCCAUUUUUUUAUAAACAUAGCAGUUUCAGAGAAACUGCUAUGUUUAUGAAUGGGUUAAGCCUUCCCCCUAAUCCUCUAGUGGCUGUCUCAUUGACAGCCACUAGAGGCGCUUGCGUGCUUCUCACUGUGAUUUUCACGGUGAGAGCACGCAAGCGUCCAUAGGAAAGCAUUGUAAAUGCUUUCCUAUGCGACGGGCUGAAUGCGCGCGCAGCUCUUGCCGCGCGUGCGCAUUCAGCCCAGGAGGAGGAACGGAGGAGGAGAGAAGGAGGAGAGCUCUCCGCCCAGCGCUGGAGAAAGGUAAGUUUUUAACCCUUUCCCCCUUCCAGAGCCGGGCGGGAGGGGGUCCCUGAGGGUGGGGGCACCCUCAGGGCACUAUAGUGCCAGGAAAACGAGUAUGUUUUCCUGGCACUAUAGUGGUCCUUUAAUGAUUUUCCACAAAACAAUCGAGCUGCAACCUUGAAAUUGGAUAUUUCCUAGUCCGUUGUAACUCCAUGCUGAACAAGUUUAUAAAUUUUGUUUUAAUUUAAUUUUUUUACUUGUUUAAACAGUUCUGUCUGUGCCUUUAACCAUUAAUUACCAUUGUGCCAAGUGUAGUGUUACAUCCUCUAACUUGCACGCAUCAUGAAAUGCCACCCAUAACAUUGGGGGCACGUGCAAUUGUUGUAAUUCAUUGCAAACUUUGUACUUGCUUCUACUUCAGUGCUGAUGUUCCCUUAGAUACAAUAUUAAAUGUUGAAUUAACUUUAUAUACAUAUUUGAUGACAGUACAAAGUAACCCCCUUGUCAUAUUUACAAAGAGGUGGCAUGCAUUGGUGGGACUAAAACUUGUAUUUUUAAUCUCCCUCCCAGGUUGUCUUGGAGACACUCAGUUCUGCUUCAGAUUUCGUCAGUCGGCAGGCAGGAAAUCAUCCCUGCACUGUGUUCUCGAUCAGACAGACAGAGAUUCACCUGUUUAUUUAAAGGUCUGUCUGUUAGCUUCAAACUGCACUAAUGUACACUCUUUAAUUUCCUUUGCAAAAAAAACUUACUUUAUAGCAGCUUCAAAUCAUAUUGGAGCAGACGAAAAUAAGAUAAUUUGAUUUAAUUGUACAUUUAUAAAUGAUGUGAAAAUCCUGUGAUUGGUUAGAUGUUGCUGUUGUAGAUUCAAACCUAAGUCACAUUAUUAGUUUGGUAACAUUGUAAAAUUAUUCAAAGCAAGUAGUUUUUAUUUACUUGCAAUAUACCUAAGAAAAACUACGGACAAUUUAUUUAUUUUUUAAACUUGAUCUUUGGAAAUGGAUGGAGCAUAAACACGGUUCAUUCAGAGCUGUAAUGGUCCAAAUCCAUCACAGAAUCCCACGAAAGUGCAAACUGCAGACAUUAACAAAGGGGAACAAAAUGGAACUCCUGCAGAAGGAAUGAAAAGAUAGUAAAUAUACAUUAAGACAGGGGUGAAAAGGGAGCUUUUUAUGUCCUGAUGAAAGUUCACAGGAUGAACCGAAGCAUUGACUAUAUAGGUAUUAUGCUAUAAUAAAGGAAAUACUGCAGCACUCUGAACUGGAAUAUUUUUUUUGUCUGUUAGUAUGUUAAUAUACCUUUGUGAUAUUUGUUUGGUGUUAUGCUUUUCUUUUUGCUUGAAUUGUUACUAGAUUUCCUGGGCAUAGUAUCAACCUGAGAUACUCUGUACUUGCUUGUGAUCUAAUGCGAUCAUUUUUUAUUUUAUUUUUUGUAUGCAAAAUGUUCGGAAAUAUAUAUAUUUUUUUGUCUUGGGAACAUAACACAGACACACACACACACAAUUAUAUACAUAUUUAUUUUGUUUUAAUACAUUUGUAUCUUAUUAUUUUUGCAGAAAGAUCCAGCCUGUUUUUAUGGUUACGUCUAUUUUCGACAGGUCAGAGACAAGACUUUAAAAAGGGGCUAUUUUCAAAAGGUAAUUUAUAGUAUAAAAUCUGUGUUAAGCCUGCUUCUUUCUUGCUCUGUACUCCAUUAACCUACCCUCACCUUCUCUGUCUUAGAGCCCUGCCAGGGGAAUUACAGGCAUCAGAUCAGAACCAAGUUUUCCUUCUAGAUACCUUUUCUGAUGCCUGCGAUUUCAGAGAAGAAAGGAAACCAAACAUUAUAAGUGCUUGUUAACAUUCGUGUACCUAGAAUUCUAUGCAGAGUUUUUGUCUGGAGUUCAGUAAUCGGGAACAUAUUACUGGAUCUUUAAGAUCCCACAUAUACAGGGCAACUGCAAAGUUUUAAGUAUAUUUCGAGUAGGUAUAAUAUUCUUUUAGCUUUUCUGACCAGCCAUCUCACACACCGAGCAAACAUGUUGCCUUUGGUGGCAUUUGCAAAUUUGCUGCUGUUUUAGAUAUAUUGAAUAAACAUGCUCAGCUAUAUGUACCUGAAGGCACAUAAUGAGAAUUGAACCAAACUAUCCUUUUAGAUAUUAUGACUUGUGUUCAUAUACAUACCUUUUGUCAUGUUGGUUGCAAUACUUAUGUUAUUUUAGCUAUGUCCUGUAUUUCUCUUUAUAACUUCAUUGUUUUUCCGUUCUCUUUUUUCACUUAGUCCCUAGUUUUGAUCAGCAAACUUCCAUACAUCAAUUUUUUCCACACUGUGCUGAAGCAGAUCGCUCCUGAGUAUUUUGAGAGAAGUGAUCCCUGCUUAGAAGCAGGUAAGGAACAAUUGCAUUUCGCAGGCAGCUUGAGUGUUUGUGCCACAUGUAUUGCAUCGAGCUUGCCUGUGCAUAUCACAAAAACUCUCUACAUGUAGCUUUCAGAAGAUUAAAUGAUAGGAAGGAUUUGUCUACAUGUUUUUUGUUUUUUUUUGGUUGGAACAACCCUGUAACUGCAUCCUAAGAAUAUUUUUCAUUAUGUUUACAUUGUUUCUGGUACUGUUUGCAAACACUAACCCUUAUCUUUCAUGUUGGGUGCUUUCAGUUUAUGGAUUUAACCACUCUUCCCAUCCUUAUACAAAUCCAUGUGUUGUCAGGCUUAACAUGUGUUCAGUCCUUAAAGGGGUUAAACACACAAUUUUACAACUAAACUAUAGGUAUCCACAACAGAACACUUUUACGUAAAACGUGGAUCCUUUAUUUGCAAAUAGAAUAUUAUUACAAAGUUAUCUCACAAAUGACAUUCAUAGGUUUGUUUACAUAUAGUUAGAUUCCUUAAAGUACUGCUGUACUGGCUGCUUUGCAAAGAUUGUAACGUGGCUGUGAUUUGCGUGGCAUCUUUAAUGACAAGUCUGCCACAUCCUGAGCAAAUAUUGGACUCUGUUCCUGUGUGCAAACUGCUGAUUCAUUGAUUUCCGAUGAGCCUCUGAAAUGACUUUAGAUGUGACCUCUUGGGCUAUAAAUGAACAGCCACGUUACUUAACCUAUAAAUAAAUAAACAGAUACUUUAAUCUCGAAAGAGAUUUUCCACUUUAAAAAUCUAAUCAUAAAUGUUUUGCUUAUUAUUUUGUGUGAUGUAUAUGUAAAUACACACAAGUUAAAGGAAUACACUAGUUAAAAUAUACAGUCAUGGGAAAAAGAAAGUACACCCUCUUGAAAAUAUGACGCUGGAGGUCCGUGAGGACGUCCAGCUUCAGAUAACGGACCAAAAGUCCAUUUGGCUUCCGGAAGCCCUCUAGUGGCUGUCUGUUAGACAUCCAGAGAGGGCAGACUUAGAGCUGCAAUGUAAACAUUGCAGUUCUCUGGAACUGCAAUGCACUACAUUGCAGCACUAGGUGCAAAAGGGACAAAGCAGGAGGGACACUGUAGGCACCCAGACCACUUCAGCUCAUUGAACAACACAUGACUUCUUACACCAUGUCAUGAUUUAUUUAACAAAAAUAAUCUAAAAACAUAUUAAAUUACUGUACUCUUCUUAAAAACAAACAUUUACAAUUGCAAUUAGAUUCCUCAUUGCAGCCCAGUCCUUCUAAUGUGAGAUGUUUACGAUUUUUCCAAAUAGAGAAGCAUUCGGCAGACCUCUUUGUGCAUCACUCUUGUUGCACACAAGGUCACUUUUGUUACAGUGUUUGAGUGCCUACCACUUUAAUAUUAACAGUUUAUUCAUUCAGGCUGGUUAUGUUUUCAUUUUAUUUUAUAGCCUGCAGUGACAUCGACCGAUGGGCAGAACCUCUGCCAGGGAAGAUAUUAAACCUGCCAAUUAUGGGAAUUGUAAUAAAGGUAAGCAAAAUAUCUUUUCGUGCAGAGUUUUCUCCUGGAGAAAGUCUUUGGCGCACAGUCCUAUCAAAUACGAAAAGAUAUAUAAAAACAGACUAUAUAUUUUAUUCAGCAAAAAGAAUUGUACAAAAUGAUUUCUGUCUUUGAAUUAUGUUAGAGGAGAGCUGCUACUUACCAGGAUUUUGAAUAUUGAAAAAAUGUUUGUCGAAAAAUAAAAUUAACGGAACACUCCAAACACCAUAACCACUAUUGCAUUUCAGUGCAAUCACAAAUGCCACCUCGAAUGAGCACAUGCAUAAUUUCUUCCUGAUGAAUCUUGGGACAUUUGAAACACACUUUAUAGGCCAGACUGUGACAGAACAGUCUUGGGUUUUUUGAAAUUGUUUAAAAAAAAUAUAUAUAUAUUUUUUUUCAAGACUCAGUGAACGUUGUUAGAGCACAGUUAACUGCGAGGUGUGUGUGUUUAAUGUUAUGAAUCUCAUGUGUGCCAGUCCGUGAGAUGCCCGCUUACAUGGCACAAUAUUUGAUGUUCAUUUGCAGAUUCCUAUGCAUGUGCCCAUACCCACAUCAAUCUGGGAUUAAGUCUCAAGCACUGUGGGAGGCAUGUACCUAACUGAACAUUUUUUGGAAGUAGAUUUUAGUGUUGCUUAGCCACUGGGAAUUACAUGAACAUUCUAAGUAACAUAACCACUACACCUGGCUGUGGUCAUGAUGCUUAGAGUCACCGGUACCAUUAUUCUGUUUAAUAUCAAACUGUUAAAGAACCAUCUGAUGUAAGCUAGAGCUAUUUCGGUGCUCAGUGACUGACCCCUGUCUCAUCUGCUUUGAUGGUUCACAAUUAACACUUCUGCAUUAUUGUUUAUUUUGUCCAAACUCUCUCACAACCAAGUUGGCCUAAAUUGACAUUGAUAAUGCAGAAAUUUUAAUUCUUGGAUAUGAAUGCAGCCAAUAUGCAAGUGCAUUUAUUUAUUUAUAAUGAACAGUUUGAUAUUAAACCGAGUGAUGGCAAGGGCUACCAGGCAGCAGAAUUACAACCCUGUAAUAAUUGCAUUGCUUAGAGUUCCAGAUUAAUAACAAAAAAAGAAUAUUAAUCCCAGAGCCUAUUGUGGUCACCAAUAAACUAUAUAAUGAUAUACAGUGCCUAACAUAUCACCAUUUCUCCUCUAAGGUCCGUAUUCCAACACGUCACGAUAAACCUGGAACAACGCAAAUCUUGGAGCUCACACAACCGGUGAGACAGGCUAAUAGCCAUCCUUUGAUCCUGUAUGCAUUAGGGGAGUCAAAGUGAAAUUAAUACUCAUUAUUUCUCAUGUUUUCUGCCUCAUUGUGCUGUCAACGUAUGCUGUUCAAGUAUAGUUGUAAGAGCAUUAUGGGAGAUGUAGUCCACAACGUCUGGAGUGACGAAACUUGCCGACCACAGACCUAAGUGAAGAUUCAAAAUUAAUUUCAAAUUCAAGACCAAAAUAGCCAAAUUGCAAACCUUAUCUGUCAGCUGUGCUUCUUGUUCAGCUGCUCUGACCCUUAAUUUGAAUUCGCAUUGAAGUUUGUGACGUUAAUGCUGUCCAUGUCUAUGGAUGGCCUAUUAUUGAAGCUAGUUAUCUACUUAUGAUAUCAGCUUGGGAAGAAAAAUACAUGUUUGCAGUAUGGUUUUAAAAAUAGCUGGUUGUAUGUUCCAAUACUAUGCUAAAUGUAGGUGCUUGUAUUUUUCUUCUGCUAAUGAAUGUCUUAAUGAUAUCUGACACUUGACUUCCUUAGCCAUGUCUAGAGCCAGUUUGAUAGUCCACGAUUGAUUUUAGUGGUGCCUUGUAUAUCUCUGCAGUGGUUCCAUAAGAGGCAUCAACAGAAGGUGGAAAAAAAACUUCCAUCGCUUUAUAGAUCACAUGUACAAUUUUCUUUAAACAUAGGCUCAGGUUCUUGAGACCAUGGUGUCAAAAUUCUACAUCGUUUUAUAAGAAUUUAAAGAAGGGCCACAAAAGUGGUGCAUAGAGUGCUUGAAGAAAAUUAGUACUAGAUCAAAAUGCAUGAUUUGAAACUUCAGCCUAGAAGUUCAAUGUCAAUGUGUGAAAAUACUGCUUUAAUGGGUAGGUACCUGGAAUAGCUUUCCAGUGGAAGUCGUAAAAAAACUGAAAAAUGGCUGUGAUGUGCAAAGGCUCUCCUGAAGGUCAAAUAAGUAAAAUGACUGUGAUAAAUUGAUUAGUCUAGUUGGUCCUAAUAUAUCAUUACAUGUCUUGUGGUCUUUCCUGCAAUGUUUUAAUACAUUUCUCUAUCACAUUCUAGUCAGAUGAGCACAUCUCUGUUACUUUACCCACCAUUCAUGAAGUGGAUAUUUUCAGGUAAGCAUGCUGAAGCUGGUCAUGUUCUUCAGAUAGCGAUUUAUCACUAUAAACAUGUUUUCCUUUAAUAAAAUGAUAGUUGUGUUAAGGAGUCCCAUAUGAACUAAGGGUCUAAACCAAAAGAUCAGGGUUAAAUCACAUUAAAUCGCAUUGUCAUAAAAUUCAGUUACAUUUGAGAAUCGCAUCAACCACCUGCUUGGUCCUAGCAAAUACAGAAUUAGGGUCUACUGGUUUCACAUACAUUGUGUUAGUAAUAGUUACAUUUGUUAUUUACGUACCUCGUACCGUGCCGUGUACAUAUCUCUUGAACUUGAUGUUAUGCAGGAUUGCAGUCAUAAUCUACAGCACAGCGGUGCACAAGAAGACAAAGACACCAUACCUAUAUAUACACUAAUCUACACUCUGAGAUCCAGAACACCUAGACACAUAAAACUCCCCGCUCUUCCUUUACUAAUAAUGCAUGUCAUCUACAUUUAGAGUAAACUGGAAUUUUUGAAGUUGCACCAUGGAGAGGCCUCGGGAGCUGAUAAAAGGGACUACAUAUGCCCAAAUGACUUGCGUGCUGAGGGUCAUAUGGGGGCCAAUAUCUAACAUUCACAUUCCAAACGCUUUACAUUUCUGUCACUGUACCGGACACCAAAUUUUGACUAGGCUAUUUGCUGGUUAAGACUUAGACGUGAGGAUACAAUACAGGUUUAGGCAUAAAGUCAACUCAAGCCAAGGUUACCUCACACAGGCCGAGACUCAUAAUAACAAAUGUAUGCCAAGUAAAGGUCUGUAGACUGUUGAUAUUCCUAUGUUAUAGUUGCCAUGUACAGAACAAUUGUGUACAUGUGAACUAUUGUGUAUUGCUGUGUGACAUGUAACCUGCAAGAACAAUUUAAUGUGUACUUAACCUGCAAAAACAUUCCAUUAAAAACCCAUAUGGUAACAAAUACAUUUUUGGAGUCCUCAGUUUGCAAGUUCCCUUUGGUUUCUUUGGAGUUUAAUCCAAAUUUAGCAGUGUGCCCCUGUAUUGUUCUUGUUUUGCCUUGGUUAAUUAUAAAAAACAUUAUGCCACUUCUAUCCCUAGGUUACUCACCAUGCCCUUUGUAACAAGAUAUAUCUCUAUUUUUAGAUGCUUCUCUCCAGUCUUCUUCCACAUCCAGUUACUGUGGGAGCUAGUACUACUGGGCGAGCCUCUUGUCGUCAUGGCGCCCUCCCCUUCACAAUCAUCCGAAACCGUUUUAGCUCUUGUUGGGUAAGCAUGGGUCAGCAUUUCUGAUCACACGUUGUCCUCUGUCUUUUGGGUGGUUGCAUUUAUAGAGUGGGUUAUAAGGAUACAUUAACAAGGAAAUCUGAGUGGGCAUAUCUGUUCUCAGUCCAUAUUUUUAUGCAGAGCUACCUCAUAUUGUCCUCUAAUUGCUUAUUUACAGAGUAGUCCAGCACUUUGACACACUAGUUUAGAUACCCUGGCUCUAUACUUUACCACAUUGGAUUUUAUAUUCAACAAUGGCAAAGUGUGUGCUAACACAGUUGAAGAUACAUUCAUAAACUAUAAUUCUUACUUUUUUUUUGGCAUAUAUAUCCUCUCCAUGUUAGAGUCCCAAAAGUGACUAACCAAAUUUAUAUAACCUUAAACAUAGUAAGUGCAUCUGAUACUUGGUUGCAGAUCAUAUGAAUGAAAUUAUAAAUAAAAUAAAUAAAUGAUUGCAUUAUAUCUGCAAUUUAUAAAUGCCAUCACAUGCAACGUUUGUUCCUUAGCGGUUAUCUUCAGGGCUGGUAUUGCAGCCUUGUUCUGUUUCUUUUUUCUACAGUCGUGUCUUCAGCAAGUGGAAUGCUAGUUUGAUUUAGGUCAGGAAAUUGACCUGGCUGCUUCUAAUAUUUUUUUUUCCCUAAACAACUCCCUGGUUGCUUAGUAACGUUUGAGGUCAUUGUACUGCCGAAACACAAAGGGGCUUCAGUUGAGUUUUGAUUUUUGAUUGUGGUUGGUUGGAUCUAAGUAGACAUGUUGGGGAAGAAUUAUCAAAAUGUUGCAGACAGUUUUUUCAUUUUUGGGGCCCAAUUUGACUAAAUAGUAUCAAUCUUUCUAUCACUUUUUCUGCCCUAAUAGUUUUCAGUUUCUCUUUUCCUUUUCCAAUGUCUCUAAAUUUGACAGUGUGUUUUUCUGGGGGAAAAAGGGGCAAUACUUAGAGAGAUGCUAACAGUUUUAUUUAUAUAUUUUUUAUUUUUUUACAUUGGCACAAGUCACAUUAUGGUUAUAUUUCUUCUCAGUUCUUUUUUUCGUGAUGGACAGUGUAAUCCUCGUGUUAAAAUAAUGCCAUCUAAAUGUGAUUUAUACAUGUAAUCAGUAUAAUAAAGCUCAUAAGCAGCAGUUUUCCAGCUCUCCUGGAUGCUGCAAAGACCCUUGGUAAGAAGCUAUGCAUUGGCCAAUUAAUUUUUCCAGCAUAAACUACUCCUUUCUGAAGAUGAACCAGUUAUUUAUAUGUUCUGUGGAUGACAUGCUUACUUCAUAAUUUCUUAAAGUGACACUGUCACCGCUUUAGGCCUUUGCCCCACCGAUGGGGACAUUGCUGAUGGGGGUCCGGUGGCUGAGGGGAGGCAGAUAAAGGUGGUUUAUGUACCUGAACCUGUCCCUUGUGGGCGCCACUAUCUUGGUCCGGUGUGGUCAUCCUCUGUAUUGACAUGCGCGAGAGUACAGCAUUGAGGUCUAUGGGGAUUCCUCCAUAGACCAAGCUCUGCCUUGUGCCAAGAAGAGUCAGGUGGAGGAGAAAUACAGAGACAAAGUAGUUUCUACUUUGUCUCUGUAUAUUUCUUGACUGGGUUGGAAUUUCAGUCAUAAUGAACUUUUCAGAAAGAUUCUAUCUUUACGAAAUACACAUUUUUUGUGUGUGAUCGUGCCACUUGAAGUGUUUUUUGUUUGUUUUGUUUUUUAAAUUUGAAAUGCCAGUUUCUGUAAUUUUUCCAUGUUAUGUGUGUCUGUUAUAAUCUGACUAGAAAAGAUGGAACCAGUGGAAUCUUCAUCAUUAAGUCACUAAUAAAGAAUUGGUACAGAAUUGUCCAUAUUAAACUAUGUGUUCCUGACUUGCAGGUGCAUUGCUCCGUUGAAGUAUUGCAGUGAUUUCAGACCUUAUUUCACUAUCCACGACUCUGAAUUCAAGGAAUAUACCACACGCACUCAGGCACCGUAAGUAGAUUUAUGUACACUACUUAUUACAAGCUAGAUCCAGCAUUAUUUUAUUCUAUUGUUUAGCUGUCUAAUGAAUGUUUGUUAUUGUACUGUGUAACUGUAGAGACUGUGUGUUCUCAGUUAGAUUGGGCAAUAUCCAAGACUGCUCUGUCACCAUUUUAAAGGAAUAUUCCCGCCAGUUCAUUGAAUUUGUUAAAGGGGCAGGAAUGUCAUGAAACUGUCUUACCUUCAUGGAUUGAACAGAUUUUCAAUGGUGCCCAAAAAUCUGACUUCCUUCCUCUCUAUGUAGAAGAUUUUGCCAAGCGGCUGGUGAUAAAUUAAAAGUGACUGGUGACGCUCCGAGUCUAUCACUGGCAGUCCAUUGAGAGAAAUUAGCUCAGGUUAUGGGGUUGGAGUGUUCCAAAUUGGUAAUUUCCUAAUAUGAUUACAUUUUAUGCAAAGGAAAACACAUUCUGGCAAAUUAUUACAUUUCACUACUGUAAAAAUGUGUAUUUUAGAGAAAUCCAGUAAUGUGAAUUACCGUAUAUACUCGAGUAUAAGCCGACCCGAAUAUAAGCCGAGGCCCCUAAUUUUACCCCAAAAAACUGGGAAAACGUAUUGACUCGAGUAUAAGACUAGGGUGGGAAAUGCAGCAGCUACUGGUAAAUUUCUAAAUAAAAUUAGAUCCUAAAAAAAUUAUAUUAAUUGAAUAUUUAUUUACAGUGUGUGUAUAUGAUGAAUGCAGUGUGUGUGUAUGAAUGCAGGGUGUGUGUAUGAGUGCAGGGUGUGUGUAUGAGUGCAGGGUGUGUGUAUGAGUGCAGGGUGUGUGUAUGAGUGCAGGGUGUGUGUAUGAAUGCAGGGUGUGUGUAUGAGUGCAGGGUGUGUGUGUGUGUGUGUAUGAAUGCAGGGUGUGUGUAUGAGUGCAGGGUGUGUGUGUGUGUGUGUAUGAAUGCAGGGUGGGUGUGUGUAUGAGUGCAGGGUGUGUGUAUGAGUGCAGGGUGUGUGAUGCAGUGUGUUUGUGUUGCAGAGCCUUGGUGGGGGGUGGGCAUUUAAAAAAAAAAAAAAAAAAAUUAAUAUUAUUUUAAUUUUUUUUGUUAUAUUAUUUUUUUAUUAUUAUUUAUAUUUAUAUAUUUAUUUAUUGUCCCCCCUCCCUGCUUGAUACAUGGCAGGGAGGGGGGCUCUCCUUCCCUGGUGGUCCAGUGGCAUUGGCAGUUCAGUGGGGGAGGAGGGGGCCUGGCAGAGCUGUUACUUACCUCUCCUGCAGCUCUUGUCAGCUCUCUCCUCCUCCGCGCCGGUCCGUGCAGCUCUUCUCUCAGCUCACACUGUAAGUCUCGCGAGAGCCGCACUAUGACCCCGCGGCUCUCGCGAGACUUACACUGGGAGCUGACCGAGGUGCUGACCGGACCGGCGCGGAGGAGGAGGGAGCUGACAGGAGCUGCAGGAGAGGUAAGUAACAGCUCUGCCAGCCCCCAGUCUGUAUUAUGGCAAUGUAAAUUAAUGUAAAUUGCCAUAAUACAGACACUGACUCGAGUAUAAGCCGAGUUGGGGUUUUUCAGCACAAAAAAUGUGCUGAAAAACUCGGCUUAUACUCGAGUAUAUACGGUAAAUAAGAAUCUGCAUGGGGAGGAAUGAGGAAGCCCGACUCUAGGUAUCCUAGCUAUGUUCUGAUUGGCUGUUUGAUGUUUUCCAUGUUCUUCCUUGUAGCACUUACCAUGAAAUAGACUGCUUCUGUCUAGACAGACAAUGUGUCUCUAUUUUAUUUACUACGGUUUCUUGCCUAUAGGCAUAGACUCAUUAUUAUUGUGUGUGUGUGUGUGGUUUUUUUUUUUUGCUGGGAUGUCAAUAAUAGAAUAAGUGACAAAAUAUCACGUUUCCCUUGUCUUCAAUGUGAAUAUAUUCUAAUAAAAAGAAUUUAUUUGUUUGUUCCUUUACUAGUUUAGAAUACUGACUUUCCCAUAGAAAACGUAAACAAAGGCCAUUAAACCACAAUGUCUGAUAGGACAUUUUAUGUUAAGCGAAUGUGCUCCCUGUGACAUUGUGAAUUUGUGUGUAUUCAAUCUCUCUAUGAUGUCUUAAAAAUUCUUCAAUAGAGAACAUUUUUGAAAAAAAAUAAACAUACUUAUAAUCUAGUGCCGUGACAGACUCUUCACUGCAACCCAAUAUUUCUCCUGUGAGAUCACCAAGUUCGAUGAUCUGUGUCCAAUCAAAUGCAUCUCUUGGUCACAUAUGACAAAUGCAUGACAGUCGCCACAAUCCUCCAAUUUGGUGCUUAUGAUCUGAGAAGCAGGAGCAGUUUGAAUGAGUUAGAUGAAGUGAUUUUAGCGCUUAAAAAUUUCACUUCUCAUUUUUUUAAACGUUUACUACAUUUAAUGACUCUUGAAAUGCUCUUUAUUUUAAAUGAUAUAUAUGGAUUUUUUAUUUUGAGAAAAUGUCCUAUUUUAUCCGGCUCAGCUGCCAUGUUGGAUCAGUCUCUACUGUUAUCUGACCAACAGUUUUGCAACUUAAAGCGGCACUGUCAUGCCGAACUUUCCUUUCUUUAAUCGAUUCCUCGUCUCUCCCUCUCUCAGGAUCUGUUCUUCAUUUCUUCCUGUUUAACCUAGUUUUCUUUAAAACAUAAGACAAAGUAGGGACUCCUUGUCUUAUGGAGGUUUCCUAUGGGCAAAAUUUACUAAUACAAAGUAAUCUUUACUUAGUAUUAGUAAAUUUGGGUGAAAGACCAAUUUAGGUCUUAAAGCCUUUUGGUUGAUAACUCCCUAAUACCGUGGGAAUUAGGGAGUUAUCUACUAAGCAGCUGCAAGAUGCAGCCGCGGCACAUAUAUGAUCAGAGUUUCAUUAAUUCGAAUGAAAUUCCGAUCCGAACAAAGUGCCGAAUUGCGUUCCGAACACGAAUGGAGAAACUGUUUUCUGUUAGGACGCAAUUCGUUAGUUUCACAUUACGUUGUUCUUGGAGGUUACUGACAGGAAGCAUCGCAAGAUCACGGAUCAAAGGUGAGAAUUGUGGGAAAAUGUCUCUGACCACCGCAAAUAAAGCACACUUUGCUCCUCCGCUGGUCAGAGGUGGUCAGGCGUAGGAAACCUCCAUAAGACAAAUAGUCCCUACUUUGUCUUAUGUUUUAAAGAAAAUUAGAGCAGACAGGAAGAAAUGAAGAACAGAUCCUGACAGAUGGAGAGAAGAGGAAUCGAUUAAAGAAAGGCAACUUUGGCAUGACAGUGCCGCUUUAAGUAUUUUAUGUUGGUGGGAUUCAUAUAUGUGUGUUCUAGAACGCAUUUAUAAUGCUUGGCCUUAAAAAUUGUGUAUUUUUGCUUUUCAUGUUAAAUUCCAUUUGUUCUGCUUGUAUUAAUUUUGAACUUUAUUAUACUUCUUUUUUAGGCCAUCUGUCAUCUUUGGAGUUACAAAUCCAUUUUUUGCUAAAACUCUGCAGCAUUGGCCCCACAUUAUCCGUAUUGGGGAUGUCAAACUUGCAGGUAAAUUUUGUAUUUGUGUUUAACUGGCAAAGGUUGAAUUUUGUUGGCCUCAUUGGUGGUGAGCCCAUGUACCAUAAUCUGCAAAACAUCAUAGAUAUUUUAUUAAAGGAAGUAGUCUUAUUUUUUUUUUUUAAAUGCUGAUAUAUAGACUUAUACUUUGGUCUAAUCUCUGUACAAGUGCUUUUGGCCAUGAUUUCAACGGGCAAAUGCGAUAGAUCACUUGCAUGUUAACUGUUCCACAAUAGAGGACCAGGAGAGCCAUGGCUUUGACUGAUUUGACACAGAUAAGGGUGAUAUUACUCUGUCUGUUUGCUCCAUAACCACUACAAUAAGCUGUAGAUAUGUUUUUACAGAGCACUUUCUAAGCCCACAGUUCUAAAAUCUUGUUUGUUUUCUUACAAACAUAGGAGAUGUUCCGAAACAAGUAAAGGUUAAGAAGUUGAAAAAUCUUAAAACCUUGGAUUCAAAGCCAGGUAAUUGAUUUACUUUCAAGCAGUAGUUUUAAAUUCUUUAUUUUUGUCGUGCAAGUUAUAACAUGCAGCCCAUGUUGCCACAACAGCAGUCACAGGCGUAAAUCAUCAUACAUUCUCAAACAUGGCAAGGAUUAGGUCUGCACAAUUUUAUAAUGUUAAUACUUGAGUGUCAGUCUGAGAGGGUAUGCGUGUCUGAAUGGAAUAUGUUGUAGUCGAAGAGCAAAUGUAAUACGGAGAGAUUAUAAAGAUAAGUACAUCUAAGAGUCUUAAGGCUGCGUACAUUUAAAUAUAAUAAACAUGCUUAUUUGUCCGUUACAAUAUUAACCUCAAGCAUAGUGAUAUAGGCAUGGAUAAUGUGAGAAAAAACAGUUAUAGUACUUGUCUAGCUAGUAGGCAUAUGAUUGGAAGUAUAUGCAAUAAAGAAAAAUCAACACGAUAUAGACUUCACUUGGCAGGCCUCUGUAUGAUACUGCUGUAAGAGGGAGAUUAAUGUGUCAGUGGCGCUUGCUCAGAGUGCGUGCUCUGCUCUAGGAUACGGUGCCUCUAUAUAUGUGAAGGGGAGUAGAAUAAAGGUGCUUAACUGAGUGAAGAUAACAUUAAUAACAUGCUCUAAUAGGUUGGUAUACUGUAUAGCCUGCCACAGUUCACCCCACACAUGUGCUAGCCACCAGCGGCAGCGGGCUGUAAGCACAUAGUUCUGUGAUUGCUUGUCCCUCUGGCUCCAGGCCGUCCCAGGAGCUCAUGGGCGAUUCCUGCUGCUCUGGUCAGUCUUGCAUUUGCGAACAGGGCCUCGAGAGAAGGUGUGCUCCUCACGGAAAGAGGUGUUUUUCGUGUGUGUGUGUGUGUGUUUUCUUUUGAGCCCUUGGGUCUUCUGUCCCGGUAAAUGAUUGCGAGCCCUGGACCUCAUGAGAAACAAGCGGAUGUCUGAGUUGGUUGUCUGCUUCUCCUGCCGCACUGAGCUAGGAGCCAUGGGCUUUGUCCGACGCUUGUCUGCCGGGGGAGAAGGAGGGUCCGGAGGCUUGUGUAGGCGCUUGCUCGCUCUCCUCUGCUCCCUCCUUGCCUGUGCCCCCCUGUCUCACAGCUACUGCCAGAAAUUGCUGAACAGCUCAUCUAGCCACUCUUCUAGUGUCGCCAGGAGGCCUCGUGAUGCGAUUUCAGAGUCCUCUGCCGCCAUCUUAGUUUCUGCAGUGAGGCUGGGAACAGGCCACAGGGGCGGAUGGGUUACCAGGUACAUUGGUUUGCCUGGAGGGAGAGCCUGUGUGCUUGUGCCGGGAUAACCCCCACCGGCUGAGGGGGGAGAACGAGGGUCCCGAUUGUAUCAACGCUGUCCUGCAGUGCUGCCCAUAGGGACAUCGGCCACUUCUCCCACGUUUCCAACUGCUGGUAGGUCGCGAUUCGUAGAUGGUUUUAGAAUGUUUCUCAGAGCUCGGAAAGCCACCCAGGAUAUCGAUUUUGGUGUAGUUUUUCCGUAAGAUGUUGCUUUUUUACGGAUCUCUGCUCGGAGCUCUCUUCAUGUGCGACCAGCCCGAUCAACGGUUAGGCCCCGCCCCCCUCAAGCAGUAAUUUUAACAUCAGUCAUAAAGGUUUAUGUUAAGAUAUUUUUAUUUUUUGCAGGUGUUUACAGCUCUUACAAACCGUACCUGAACAGAGAUGAUGAGAUUAUCAAACAGCUGCAGAAGGUAUUUUGAUACAAUUCAUUUUAUAUAUAUAUAUAUAUAUAUAUAUAUAUACACACACCUUCCAGAAAUGUUAAGUUAUGUAAGGGACAUUCUAUGCACUAUAUCUCAUUGAGGUAAAUUGUUCUGGGUAAUCCAAUGUUUUAUUAUUGAAAUAUCCCCUUCAAUCUACUGGAGGCCAGCGGUAAAUCUUUUUUAGCAUUGCGUGAAAGUCAGGUAAAAUGGCAUUUACCAGUGUAAUUAGUUACACUAGCACUGAAAAAAAAAGAUGGUAUUUAUUAGAAAUAAUAAACAACUUUUGCAUGAAAAUUAGAUACCCUUAAUAUGCCUAUUAAAAAUGCAGUUUCUAUUAUUCUCUGUGAAGACCACAAGUGACUGAUUCGAACCAUGUCGCUACUUUUAUUGGCUGCUUAAAGGGAAGCUAUAAUGCCAGGAAAACUAUGCUGUUAUCCUGUCACAAUAACUCCCAGCAGUGCCCACCUCUCCCCCUCUGUUAUGCAGAAAGGGUUAAAACUCCCUUUUGUCACUUACCUGGAUUCAGCACCAAUGUCGGCGCUUGCUCAGGUCCACCUUUUGUUUCUCCUCUGCUCACAUCAGCCGGCGGGGGAGACCUAAUGCGCAUGCGAAGAAAUAGCCACGCUCGCAUUAGGAUUUCCUCAUAGGAAAGCAUUAAAGAUUCCGGCAAUGCUGGAAGUCCUCAUGCAUAGGUCAGUUAGGGGACCAAAAGCCACUAGAGGUGGAGUUAACACAUAAAGGUAAUUAUUGCAGUUUAUCAAAAAACUCAAUACUUACCUUUCCAGGACUAAGGGUGCUGGGACACUGCACCCAGGCACUUUAAUUAGUUGGUCUGGGUGCAUAUUGUGUCCCUCCAAGCCUCCAAAUUGAAGACUAGUGUUGGUACAGGUAUAACAGCAGAUUGUCAGUUUUCCCUUUUAAUGAACAUUAGGCUUUGCUGGUUCAUCUGAUAUCAUUGGAACUUUAAAGGAUUUACACCAGGACAUUUAUUAUGCUAUACUUUCCAAUACUACACGUAAUAUAGUGAAUCUCACAGAUCUUUUUAAAGGAAACUAAAUCUUUUUCUUGCUUAUGCUAUUGCUUUAAAUAAAUUAAACACACUAAUAAAACCAACUGAGUAAGUGCAAUGUAAUCAGCCUAAUCAUUAGCAGCAUCCAUGUAAUCAUGUGCUGUCACUUCCACAGAUAUAACAUAUUGUUCACUGACUUUCAUCAUUGAGACUAAUGCACCAGUGAAUCGGUCAAAAAGGUAUCCAGACUAAUCAGUGGUGUAAUCUACAGAGUAUUAACCGUUUUACAUGUAUGAAGUGAGAUUCCUUUUUACCAGAGUUGUCACAAAGGGAAUGGGUCGAGUAGGCAUUGAUGGCAGUGCAAGGGUUAUCUGAGACAAACGCAAUAUAGGUUUAUGGGAGAGAUUUGCUCUGGGCCAUAUGGUCCGUUAAUAUACAAAGCAAUUCUUGCUUCAUGUUGCAGGGAACAGCUGCCGUUUAUAAAACAAUGUUGGGAUAAAAAGGGAAAUCUUGAGAAUGGAUUUGUCAGAGCUUUAAAGACCAGUUCAAGUCAUUAACGGAAGUUACAACAUAUUGACAUUUGUGUAUAUUUAGAUUGGAUACAUUUCAUUGUCUCUAAAUUAGUGUCAAAUUUAUUUCAAGAUUGAAAUGUUACAUUCAUAUCUAUUUCUGGAGGGUGAAUAACUGCAGUAAGCCUUGAUGGAACCUCUGUCUGUCAGCAUUGGUCAAAGUUCUGCCAUGCAUGCUACGUGUUUGUUCAACACAGAGAAUACAGUCUGCAGCCAAGAACACAAUGUAAAUCUCUGUGCGACAGAUUCCGCAGGGACAGGCACGCAUCAUCUGUGCAAAUCUGUAGGGAGAGAGUUUUAGCAAUUCUACAAUAUGGGGUUUACUUACUAAACUCUGUAAAUCCGUCUUACAGCGGUCUACAUUUCAGACUUAUAGACCAAAGUAGCAGAAAUGAUAAAAUUCUCUUAGACUUAGAGUGACCCUAUAUGCACCCAGACCACUUCAGCUCUCUGUCCCCUUAAAGGACCACUAUAGUGCCAGGAAAACAUACUCAUUUUCCUUGCACUAUAGUGCCAUGAGGGUGCCCCCACCCUCAGGGUCCCCCUCCCGCCCGGCUCUGGGGAGAGGAAAGUGCCGGACGGGGAGCUCACCGCCUCCGAUCCUCCUCCUCCUUCUCCCUUUCGGCUGAAUGCGCACGUGCGGCAAGAGCUGCACGCGCAUUCAGCCGGUCUCAUAGGAAAGCAUUUACAAUGCUUUCCUAUGGACGCUUGCGUGUUCUCACUGUGAUUUUCACAGUGAGAAUCACGCAAGUGCCUCUAGCGGCUGUCAAUGAGACAGCCACUAGAGGAUUUGAGGGCUGGAUUAACCCAUUUAUAAACAUAGCAGUUUCUCUGAAACUGCUAUGUUUAUAAAAAAAAAAAUGGGUUAACCCUGACUGGACCUGGCAGCCAGACCACUUCAUUAAGCUGAAGUGGUCUGGGUGCCUAGAGUGGUCCUUUAAUCCUGCAAUCUAAAACAUUGCAGUUUCAGAUGUUUAUAUUGCAGUGUUAGGACUGCUUCUAGUGGCUGUUUACCAGACAGCCACUGGAAGCGCUUCCUGCUGUUUCAUGGAGUUUAACUCUGUGAAUUGGCGCUGGAUGUCCUCACGCUUUGCAUGAGGACAUCCAGUGUCUUAAAAUCCCCUUAGGAAAGCGUUGAUUCAGUGUAUUCAUGUGGGGAAGGCCUAAUGGUUUUCCCUCUGCUCUGUUAUUGAAGGAGAUGGAGCCAGUGCCAAGGGACCUCUGUGCUGUUUUAAAGGGUAUCUAACACUUUAAUUGCAAUGAGAGGGUGGGAGAUGGACACUAGAGUGUUAGGGAUACAGCUUUGUAUGCAUAACACUAUAUUGUUCUUUUAAGAAAAUAAGUUCAUUACAAAAAAGUAAAGUAUGGAGCUUGAUCACGUUUUAGAUUUACAGGGAUUUAACGAGUGUUUUUAAAUGUUUUUCAGGGUGUUCAACAGAAGCGUCCAUUGGAGGCCCAGAAUGCUAUUCUACGAAGGCACUUUCUAGAGCUUACCCAGAGCUUUAUCAUUCCUCUAGUACGUGGGUACAUGCACUAGUGUUUAAUUAAGGCUUUUGGCUUGAAUGUAAUGUAUUGUUUAAAGGAACACUUUGCAGGAAUACAAAUCUGUAUUUCUAACACUAUAGGAGCCCGCUGUGUCCUCCAUCCCCGGCAGUGUGAAGGGUUAAAAAAAAAAAAAACACUACUUUUUUUUCACUUGCCUGAUUUCAGUGCCAAAGUCAAUGAUUUUCUAGACGCUUAAUGUCCUCGUUCAAAGGAAGUGCCUCAAGUGGCUGUUUUUUUGUAUUUUUUUUUUCUUUUGUAAUUUGUGUCUUAUGAUAAGAAACAUUUGUACAGUGACUAGCUGGUGUUUAACCCCUUAAGGACCAAACUUCUGGAAUAAAAGGGAAUCAUGACAUGUCACACAUGUCAUGUGUCCUUAAGGGGUUAAAAUAUUUGUGAACAAAAUUGUUUGCUGAUUAAUUGUGAAUAAUGCUUUAGGCAUAAAGUUAACUUACUAAUUGUUUUAACAUAGAAACAUAGAAUGUGACGGCAGAUAAGAACCAUUCGGCCCAUCUAGUCUGCCCAAUUUUCUAAAUACUUUCAUUAGUCCCUAGCCUUAUCUUACAGUUAGGAUAGCCUUAUGCCUAUGCCAUGCAUGCUUAAACUCCUUUACUGUGUUAACCUCUACCACUUCAGCUGGAAGGCUAUUCCAUGCAUCCACUACCCUCUCAGUAAAGUAAUACUUCCUGAUAUUAUUUUUAAACCUUUGUCCCUCUAAUGUAAGACUAUGUCCUCUUGUUGUGGUAGUUUUUCUUCUUUUAAAUAUAGUCUCCUCCUUUACUGUGUUGAUUCCCUUUAUAUAUUUAAAUGUUUCUAUCAUAUCCCCCCUGUCUCGUCUUUCCUCCAAGCUAUACAUGUUAAGAUCCUUUAACCUUUCCUGGUAAGUUUUAUCCCGCAAUCCAUGAACCAGUUUAGUAGCCCUUCUCUGAACCCUCUCUAAGGUAUCAAUAUCCUUCUGAAGAUACGGUCUCCAGUACUGUGUACAAUACUCCAAGUGAGGUCUCACCAGUGUUCUGUACAAUGGCAUGAGCACUUCCCUCUUUCUACUGCUAAUACCUCUCCCUAUACAACCAAGCAUUCUGCUAGCAUUUCCUGCUGCUCUAUUACAUUGUCUGCCUACCUUUAAGUCAUCAGAAAUAAUCACCCCUAAAUCCCUUUCCUCAUAUGUUGAGGUUAGGACUCUAUCAAAUAUUCUGUACUCUGCCCUUGGGUUUUUACGUCCAAGAUGCAUUAUCUUGCACUUAUCCACAUUAAAUGUCAGUUGCCACAAUUCUGACCAUUUUUCUAGUUUACCUAAAUCAUUUGCCAUUUGGCUUAUCCCUCCUGGAACAUCAACCCUGUUACAUAUCUUAGUAUCAUCAGCAAAAAGACAUACCUUACCAUCAAGACCAAUAUCACUAAUAGAAAUAUUAAAGAGAAUGGGUCCAAGUACAGAUCCCUGAGGUACCCCACUGGUGACAAGUCCAAGCUUCGAAUAUAUUCCAUUAACUACAACCCUCUGUUGCCUGUCACUCAGUCACUGCCUUACCCAUUCAACCCUAUGCUGUAGGUGAUAUUUCAUAAGACCAGUUUUAUAUGCACUAAGCAUUUUCACAAUUUAAGUUCUAAUGGUGAGACGGAGGCAAAAAUAGCCAAAUUGUGACUAUGGCUGGGUUACAGAAUUUUUCCUGAUUGACUUUUUGGCCUCCGUUUUUCCAUUCUUAUUGAAUUCACUAAAAUUCAGAGUUUAAGUGAAUAACCCUGCAAGGAUCUGUAACAAAGCCUAAACAGGUUUUAAUUCAUAGCAUGUACGUUAACACAUUUAUUAAAUUAAUCCUCCAUCUACGAACACACAGAGCUAUCUACUAAACUGAGAAUUGUUAGGGAUUCAGAGUGAGUUUCUGAUUUUUAAAUCAAAGUAUCCAAACUCAACGCAUAGCUAACUUGGAGAAUUUUUCCAGUCCAGCUAGAUUUGGCCUUAAAAUUUAAAUUCAAAAUUGAAUUCCAGACAAUUCUCAUUUUCUUAAAUAACCUUGUACGAGUUAGUAGUUGGAGAAUUAGUUUGUGCAUUGGAUAAAAUAUUAAUCCCAGUGGUCUUCCCAUUGAUAACCACAAUGUUGUAGUUCAUCCAGUUAGCUCAUAUACUGCAUAGUCUGAUCUUUGCCAUUGUUUCCCCUAUGGACAGGAACGCUAUGUGGCAGGGCUCAUGCCGCUUCUAAAAAGCAUAUCUGCUUGGAAGGUGAGUGUGUGAGAAUAACUAAUUGUCUGGUUUUGUGUACAAUCUAGUGGGUUUUUUUUUUACCAUUUCUGUUUCCAGUCUGCCUAAAGGCAAUUCUGUGCAAAAAUUGCGUGUCAUCAGCUUGCACUGUGCACUGGUGAAAGACAUUUUCAGUUUCUUCCCUUGCAGGUAGCUCUGGGAGCUCUCUACAACACAUACCCUAUGCUAAUCUCUCUCUAAUUUAUGUUUUCAUCUUUCAAGUAAAUUCAUAACCCCUAACAGCAGUGUUCAGUCAAGCAAGAAGUCAAUGGGCACGAUAAAAGUGUGGGCCACUGACUCAAAUCAUGUAACCUGCCAAAAGGAGUGAACAUGCCCCAAAAAAGGGGGCAUGUCUGCCCAAAGAAUUGGAAGGCUAGCCUGGCAUGAAUGCAUGUCAGGCUGCCUGCCUAUCAUGCAAGCUGGCCAACUAAGGGCAUACUAUGCAGACAGCACCCAUAACUUGGCAUAAAUGCAUCUAAUGAUGCGCUCGCGCAAUGCUUUCUAAGGACUGUCCCCUAGCACUUGCUGGUACACUUGUCUCCUUACCUUCUUACUAGCAGGCAGAAGCUCCUGGUGUAUAGUCUGGGACAGAGAAAAGGUGUAUGUAGUGAGUGUAGAAGAAAGGGAACAUGUUACAGUGUUAGAGAGUCAGCAUUACCUUAACUAAUUUCAUUGCCAGCCAGUCCACACAAGUUUUGUUCCUAUCCCUCUUAAGUUUCAAUUCUUAAGCAAGAGUAUGUGAAAAGUAGUUAUUGUUGCCACCUUUCUUGGAAAAACAUACCUGCCUUACUAAUUUGCAUAAUUAAUUAUGUAUGGGUGACAUCAUAUGAUGUAAAUCACAAGGAGUGACAUAAAAGAAAAAGCUACUUAGUUUGAUUCUGCUGUAUAGAUGGAUUGUUCCCAGUGUCUCAAGUCUCCCACUGUCCCAGUGUCCUAAUGUCUCCCAGUGUCCCCAUGUCUCCCAGUGUCUGUGUCCCCAUGUCUCCCAGUGCACUCAUGACUCAGUGUCCCCAUAUGUCGAUUAGCCCAGGUAUCAGUGCCCCAUGUCUCCAUGUGUCCCCCAGUAUUCCCAUGUGUCUUUGUCCCCAUGUUUUCCAGGGUCCUCAUGUCACUAGGAACAAGGGGAGACCUGGGGACACAGAGACACCAGGGACACUGGGAGACUACGGGACACUUGAAGACAUGGGGACACUGAGACACCAGGGUCACAGACACUAGGGACACUGGCUGGGAGACAUAUGGGCACUGGGAGACAUAUGGGCACUAGGGGACACUGGUUGGGAGACAUGGGGACACUGGGAGACAUGGGGACCCUGUGGCCCCAAGUGUCUGUGUCAUAAUGUCUCCCAAUGUCCUAUAGUGUCUCAGUGUAUGUCUCCUUGCAGCCUUUCCCCACAUCCCUCACUUUAUUGAGCUGUAGGCUGUCUCUGCAGGGUGGGAGUUGCUGUCUGGACUCUCUGUAGCUGCUCCCCUGUGGAUCAGUGAGUAGAGAUAAGCAGGUAGGGAUAUGCUGGAACUUCCUAUCCCUGCCUCUCUCCACACACACUGCGACCCCUACUGGCCAGUGCUGGUAUUGCAUCGUAAUCUCUGUUUAUAUUGAGAAAAAAAACAGCAUUUGUAUUGUCAGUAUGAAUGCAAUAUCGGCACCUGCCAGGCUGUGCCAAUAAAAUACCAGCCAGGUGGAAUCCCUAAGAGUAGUGUGUAAAAACAAUUAUAAUAAUAAAAAUGUUUUUUUAAAUCAAUGGGCCUGGGUCUGGAGCUGCAGCUCCAUCAGCCCCUAUGUUAAUCCGGCCCUGGACGUAAGACAUGGAGAACAGCGACGAGAGCUUCGCUUGGUGCUAGAUUCCAGGUAAGCUAUUCCUUUUACAGGGUUUUUAUUUUUGUUGUAAGUGGUCACUAAGUAAAUAAUGCCCAUUAAGGCAUUAUUCAUUUAAAAAAAAAUGUUUAGUCUCAAAGGGCUGGAGUCGCCAUUUUUACACUGUAUGUUUGUCCUUCAGAGUCCUCCACAGCUUAAACCCUUCAGCCAGGAGGAGUUCAUGAAAACCCUUGAGAAAACAGGACCUCAAUUAACCUCGCGCUUAAAAGGGGACUGGAUCGGACUUUACAAGUAUUUAUUUUUCCAUUUCUUACACUGUUCUACUUAUUUGUGUCUUGCAUAUGUUUGGUUAUUUAAACUUAGAGAUUUGCAAGCUUUUAAAGUUUUGACUGAGCUGUUUCAGUGCAUUAAUCUACAGUGUUUAAAUGGUUUCUGCAAUAAUCAUUCAAUGCACAGGCUUUGGUGUUUUAAAGAGCAGUUGUAUUAAUUCACUAUUUUAGCUGCUCUUUGUCCUGCAAGAAAAGCUUGUCCCACCAUACCCCACGAGCCAUCUGCGAAUAAGGGUGGGGGGGGCAACCUUUUCUUGGAUCUCCUCAUUGCCAUUAAACAGAUCUAUUAAUCACUUGGAGCUCAGAUGUUGGCCUUUCAGAAUGAUCAUUGCAGUGUGGCAGAUUUUUAGACAAAGAAAUGACUGGAUAUUAGGAGUUAAACAUGUAGACUCUCCUAGUUUACUUUUUUCUAAUCUCAAUUUGUGUAUAGUAUAUACAAAAGCAAUGAAAGUUCAUUAGGCACUGCCAUUUUAUAAAUCAGAGUUGUAAAUGUGUUGUAGCUUUGUAAGAAUCUUUUUGCUCAUUGUUUCAAAUAUGUUACAUGAGUAAAAUUGUGGCAGUCUUUUUGAAGUAUGCAAUCUAGAUCGAUGCUGUCUGAAAACUCAUGUUGGUCGGUUGCUAAGGAUUUAUUCACGUCAAUAAGUUUAUUGAUGAGCAAAUUGCAAAAUUGGAAAAAGUCAGAUUAAAAUCAGCUCCUAUAGCUCGGAAAAAAAUAUGCUCAAAACCAUGCAGGAAAAAAUAAAAUCAAAUGCCUUUAAAUUAUUCACUGGGCUGGGACUGUACACCAGAGGCCAAGGCGCAACCACAGUAGUUACUGCAAAUAUUUGGAUGUAUCAUUUUUCUUGGCUAUAUGAGACAUUUUUGAUCAGUUUUGUGAUCUUGUGUUAGCCCAAGUACAUAUCAUUAGUAUGAAUCUUUAUUUUACAUUGUUACAUUUUGGCCUAAUUGAAAGGUUUGCAUGUAAUGCUCUGGGGGAAGAGGGGCUAUUUAUAAUGUACCAUAAUGUACCAUAAAAUAAUUCAGAUGACUAAAAUACAACUAAAAUUAAAAUAGCUUUUUAGUCAAAACACUAACACUAAAUUGAAAUUUGUUGCCAAAAUUAACACUGCCAUUAUGUCAAAACACAUUUGGUUAUACCGAUGCUCCUUACUUACCGAUCUGGUUCCGUUCUUAUGACCCGGUCGUAGACCGAAUUAGUUGGUAAGUGAGACGCAUGCAUAGAUUUGAUGGAUUUCUUGAUCUGGUGCGCUUGUCUGUGUUCAAGGAAAUUUCCUCGAACAUAGACAUACGCACCAGAGCAGGGAAUCCGUCUAAUAUAUGUUCGGGGGAAAACAUAGACCAGUUCUCUAACAUGGUGAAUCCCUUGAAUCCACACGCUAGAGAGCUGGUCGUAAGUGCGACCCAUCUUAAAACAGGUAGGUCGCAAAGUGAGGACCACCUGUAUAAAGGAAGCUUUUAAAGAAAAAGUGGUGCAAUUAAUGCUGCACUCAUUUAUAAAAAACAAAUCUAUCCCUCUGCACCAGUAAUGGCAAAAUAGAAAAAUGAUCUAAUUACUAUUUAGCUAUUUUGAUGCAGAUUUUGUGUAAAAAUAGGUGCAAAAUUGCACUAUUGUUUAGAUAAUUCUUUUGAUGUGCUGUUCUCUUCCAUCCUAUAUUUGACAUUGUGUUAUUCACCAUUAGAAAAGCUGUAAGCUUGAAAAUAAAGUGAUAAAUGCUUCCCCAGUAUAAGGCUUAUUUAGAGAUCUGUAUACUUACCAUAGAGCUGCAAAGAUAAGUAUAGAACUAGAUAAUGCUUUGUGAUAGAGAUGACACAAUUAUUCAUGUAUCAAUUGCUUGUUUUUAUUUUCCCCUCUUAUAGACAUUUUCUGCGUUCACCCAACUUUGAAGGUUGGUUUAGGCUACGUCGGAAGGAGAUGACCCAGAAACUUGAGGCACUUCAUUUAGAAGCACUUUGUAAUGAGGUAAUGGUAAACCAUGUUUGUAAGAUGCUUAUUUACAAGAAUUGGGGAUCUCUCUUUUGGCAAAUUUUCACCUCAAGGUCUUUAUUUUCAUUCUGUAUUGCCAACAUAUUACACAUUUAAUCUUGCAUUCAACGUCCCAUUAAGCACACUAGUUUAGUCCCCAAUUAGUUUCUCAGAAUUGAUUCUCAAUGAACUUGAGUCCAAACAUGCUGGGAUAUUGGCAGCUAAGCGCCAGCUAUGAUGUUACCUCGUACCAUCUGCCAGCAGCCCUUCAUUGUGAGUAAACCUCUUCUUUUUGCAUUUGCUGUCAGUGAAAAUCGCACAGUACAAAAUUUCCUUGUGUGUUAGUGUUUGACAAUAUUCACUUAUUGGGCAAGAAUAUAUGACUUGUCCCAUGUUCUUCCUCCAAAAUUACCAUCUGGCAGUCCCACCCAGAAAAAGAAAACAUUAUUUUGGAAACGGCAGUUUGGGAGAAUUAGACUCUGUGGUUUGCAGAAGGAGUGGCAGGAUCUAAAUUGCGACAUUUCACAUUAUCUGCUUCAAACCGCAUAAAAAGAAAAAAAGAGUUGUCGGCGCUUCAAAUUAUGGUAGUAUAUAAUUAGUGGGUGUAAUAAAUGUAGUAUUUCCCUACCACCUAAAAAACAUAAAAUCAAAUACUGAAAAGUAUUAAAUCCACAGUGAGCACACAAGAUAUACUUAUAUGUAGGUAUACAUGAAGAAUGGUAUCAUCUGUAAAAAAACAAAAAUAAACAUAGUGCUUUCUGUAUGUAAACAAUCAAUGCAAGUGGAAUCAAACUCACAAGUUGGGAGCCGGAUCAGGCUUUGACUACUGAUUGUAAAUUUACUGUUUGCAUACAGAAAGCACUAUGUGUCUUUGUUUUUAUUUGUUUACAGAUGAUACCAUUCUUCCUGUAUAACUUUCUGAGUUGUAUAAUUUGGAGUCAAUUGUACAGAUAAAUGUUCCAAAAUGUAUGUGUUUGUGCAGCUUAAAUAUAUUUUGUUUAACUAUUCUCGUCUGUUAGAUUGACUCUCAUCUCAUUCACUAUAAAAUCAUUCUACUUUUAAACUUGGUUAUUUGAUCAUUUACAUUUUCUCCUGCCAUUUUAAAAAAAAUGUUUUUAUUUAUAAUUCUUUAUUUUUGUUAGUGCAUAGGUUAACAACUGGCUUGCUACGCCACGAUAGCUGUAGGAAGCCUAUCUCCUGACAUUUUAAAAGGACACUGAACUGCCUAGUUUAAAAAUUUUUUAAUAAAAUCUCUAUUUAGUAGAUACACCCAUAUGAAAACCUGUAUUUAUGCAUUUUUUUUAAAUGGGUGGGAGUAUAUCUUUUUUUUUUUUUUUUUCAAAUAUGUUUUUUUAUUAAAGUAAACAGGAUAGCAUCAUACAAUACAUCCAACUGAUAGUGUCAGGUACAUACAUUGUUGCUUGAUAAUACACAGUAACAGUUUGACGUGGUCUAUUAUACAGGGAGUGCAGAAUUAUUAGGCAAAUGAGUAUUUUGACCACAUCAUCCUCUUUAUGCAUGUUGUCUUACUCCAAGCUGUAUAGGCUCGAAAGCCUACUACCAAUUAAGCAUAUUAGGUGAUGUGCAUCUCUGUAAUGAGAAGGGGUGUGGUCUAAUGACAUCAACACCCUAUAUCAGGUGUGCAUAAUUAUUAGGCAACUUCCUUUCCUUUGGCAAAAUGGGUCAAAAGAAGGACUUGACAGGCUCAGAAAAGUCAAAAAUAGUGAGAUAUCUUGCAGAGGGAUGCAGCACUCUUAAAAUUGCAAAGCUUCUGAAGCGUGAUCAUCGAACAAUCAAGCGUUUCAUUCAAAAUAGUCAACAGGGUCGCAAGAAGCGUGUGGAAAAACCAAGGCGCAAAAUAACUGCCCAUGAACUGAGAAAAGUCAAGCGUGCAGCUGCCACGAUGCCACUUGCCACCAGUUUGGCCAUAUUUCAGAGCUGCAACAUCACUGGAGUGCCCAAAAGCACAAGGUGUGCAAUACUCAGAGACAUGGCCAAGGUAAGAAAGGCUGAAAGACGACCACCACUGAACAAGACACACAAGCUGAAACGUCAAGACUGGGCCAAGAAAUAUCUCAAGACUGAUUUUUCUAAGGUUUUAUGGACUGAUGAAAUGAGAGUGAGUCUUGAUGGGCCAGAUGGAUGGGCCCGUGGCUGGAUUGGUAAAGGGCAGAGAGCUCCAGUCCGACUCAGACGCCAGCAAGGUGGAGGUGGAGUACUGGUUUGGGCUGGUAUCAUCAAAGAUGAGCUUGUGGGGCCUUUUCGGGUUGAGGAUGGAAUCAAGCUCAACUCCCAGUCCUACUGCCAGUUCCUGGAAGACACCUUCUUCAAGCAGUGGUACAGGAAGAAGUCUGCAUCCUUCAAGAAAAACAUGAUUUUCAUGCAGGACAAUGCUCCAUCACACGCGUCCAAGUACUCCACAGCGUGGCUGGCAAGAAAGGGUAUAAAAGAAGAAAAUCUAAUGACAUGGCCUCCUUGUUCACCUGAUCUGAACCCCAUUGAGAACCUGUGGUCCAUCAUCAAAUGUGAGAUUUACAAGGAGGGAAAACAGUACACCUCUCUGAACAGUGUCUGGGAGGCUGUGGUUGCUGCUGCACGCAAUGUUGAUGGUGAACAGAUCAAAACACUGACAGAAUCCAUGGAUGGCAGGCUUUUGAGUGUCCUUGCAAAGAAAGGUGGCUACAUUGGUCACUGAUUUGUUUUUGUUUUGUUUUUGAAUGUCAGAAAUGUAUAUUUGUGAAUGUUGAGAUGUUAUAUUGGUUUCACUGGUAAUAAUAAAUAAUUGAAAUGGGUAUAUAUUUGUUUUUUGUUAAGUUGCCUAAUAAUUAUGCACAGUAAUAGUCACCUGCACACACAGAUAUCCCCCUAACAUAGCUAUAACUAAAAACAAACUAAAAACUACUUCCAAAAAUAUUCAGCUUUGAUAUUAAUGAGUUUUUUGGGUUCAUUGAGAACAUGGUUGUUGUUCAAUAAUAAAAUUAAUCCUCAAAAAUACAACUUGCCUAAUAAUUCUGCACUCCCUGUAUAGUGAGUAUACAUGAUAAUGGGUACCUGCCCAUUCUUUGCUGCUCAUUGCUUUGGUAUAUUGUAUCAGCAUAGACUGUUAUAGCAUCUACUUUUACGGUAUAUAGGUAACAGGGGAGCAGGAAGGAGAUUUGGGCUGGUAGGGAGGUUGGGAAGGCGGAUGAGGAGGCUGGGGCACAGAGACCCCUAUCCCUGCCAGCUCUUGGUUUGCAGGUAAAUUAGCAUUACAUUCCAUUUAAGAGAUAUGCACAUCUACAUUUAGAUCCCAUUGUUCACCAUUAAUUUUAAUUUCCACCAUUGCAUUUAAUUGUUCCAUUUACAGUACCAUUUACAUUCACAUUUGACAGUUUAGUGGGAGCCUUCCCAUGUUUGGUUGCCUACUCUCACGGUGUGGGCCUCCAGCUUCCUCACUCACUUUCGUGCCUGUCUUCCUGGCCUUGCAUUCUGCUAGCCAUUAGUUCAUAGGAGCAAAUCACACCCACUCUACAGCGCACUGCCUCCAUGGUAGGUAUAUUCGUACUUUUCCAGUUUUGAACUAGAAGGAUCUUUCCUGCGCUAAGUAUAUUGAUUAUCACCUUUCUAUGUGGGUGCAUUGUCAGCUCAGGGGUCAUGUGCAAUAGGUAGUGUUCUGGCCGUAGUUGGAGGAGAAGACUAGUGGUGCGGAAUAUUAGGUCUCGUAUUGAUGUCCAGUAUGUCCCCAAUAACGGGCACUCCCAGAACAUGUGCAGCAUUGUUCCUACUCUCCUCCCACAAUGCCAACAUAGCUCAGUUGAAUCUUUGUAAAUACGUGAUAAUGUGGAACCAGGUACCAUCUCAUAGAGAUUUUGCAAUAUGCCUCCCAUAAUGAGAGACUCUUUGAGGCCCUUUUUGUGUUUGUCAUUGCCUCAUGCCAGCUAGACACGGGAAAUUGGUGACCCAUUUCUUCUUCCCAAUGUAACAUAUAGGUUGGUUUACCCAUGACUGACCCUCGAGGAGAGCGUUGUAGCACAUAGCCAAUGGCUUCCUCAAUUUAGGUGACAGAACCAGGGUGAUUAGUAGGGGUGGCUCCUCUGGGGCCUCUUGCAUUCCUCUCAUGUGUGGUAGUAGUAUGUUUUUUACUCUAAGGUAAAGAAACAUAUCUCUUUGAGGUAGGAGAUAUUGCUGCUGGAGGUCAGGGAAAGAUUUAACCUUGUUGUCCUCCAGAAGGUCAAGCACUUUGUGCAUGCCCCUGGUUGUCCAUCCAGUCGUGGGUAAGGCUGGAGAGAAUGCAGUCAAUGUCGCUAAUGGUGCUGCUCUUAAUAGUGAGUGAGGGGGUGGGAGUAUAUCUUAACACAUCUUGCAGAAGCUGCAGAUCUCUUGUCUACGCCCUUUACAAGCUCUUUCCUUCUAGCCCCACCUAGUCUUUCUGUGACUGUUUAAUCACACACUUCCAAAGCGGCUCAAUGAGAAGUCUGCAAGGCAGGUGCUGAGCAAUUGAUGCUUCUUGAGUUUAGCUCCACUGAACUAACAAAAUCAGGAAGAAACCAGAUCAGUUGUCUGACAGCCAGAGGGGUGUAACAAGGUUAAAUUAUGAAAUAAGUAUACAUUUAUAUUGAAAUCUGCUCUUUUGUAAAAUGGAAAAAAGAGGAUACACUGUUCACACAUAAAGCACUUCAACAAGUUAAAGUUCUUUAGGUGAUUGGAGUAUUUCUGUGAUGGUUGCAAGGGUAUCCAUCGUCUCUUUUUCUGACUGACUCCUUAUUUAAUAUUUUUGGAUGUUCUGAGGUGGAAGUAUAUUUAGAAAUACCUUUAUAAUACACAUAACAAAAAGUGUAUUCUAAAAGUAAAGUGUUGCUAAACAAACUUCCACCUCAGAACACCUCCACAAAAAGUCAACUAACAUCUUUUUAUGUACCGGUUUGAUUCAUGUGAAAUGAUUUGGAAGUGACUAAAUAUGGCUUAUUAUGUUUUCUCUAGGACUUAUUGAUCUGGGUGCAGAAACAUUCAGAGGUUGAAGCAGUAGAUUUGGUUUUAAAGCUAAAAAGUAAAUUGGUACGUAUAAAUACAAAUUAAGACCAAUGUUUUAUUUUUUGGUUGAUAUUUUCAAUUCAUCUCCUUGCUUAUUUAAUUUCAGACUUAUAAUUGUGGGGCAACAAACACACACCAUAGACUAGCUUUUAAUAUAAUGACCACAGAGAGAGAACGCAGGGAGGCUUCUAAGAUAAAUGCCUGAUCCAAAUUAACACAACAUUUCUCCACUCUGCCUACCAACGAGCACACAACUGCACACAACUUUCCCAUGCAGAUUUGAACUUUGUUUUGAAAGAAAGAAAAAAAAAAUGCAUAUUAUCCUAUCAAGCAAAAACCUUUCUACAAAGUAAACACUAGAUUUUACAGAACAUCUGCCCUUUUACACUCCCUCUUCCCCCCAGUCAGUGAUAAAUGCUGGAGAUGUAAGGUAUAGGUUGGUACCACUGAAUAUAUAUAUGGUGGAGCUGCCCCUGCAUACGACUGUUUUGGGACCAGGUUAUACAGUCCUUGCAGUCGAUCAUGAAAAUCUCCCAUAGACUAUCUCAUUCACAGACUUUGCUGGGGUGGCCAAAUUCCUUCACAGAUGGACACAAACAAAAUCUUUUGGGCGAAGCUAAUGUCCUAAUUGCCGCCUAUUGGAGACAGCUCCAGAUACCCACAUUAGAACAAUGGGUCUCCGGAAUAGAGCUGACUAGAUCCAUGAAGGAAAAAACAUAAAUACGCACAAACAUCGGCCUUACUAGGGUUUUGUAGGUACUCUGUGAUGAAUGAUCCAUAGAAGAAUUAGCCUUUUCUUCUACCACUUCCCUUUAGCCCUAGAGGCCUCUGAUUACAGGACCCUGUUUCCCGCAUUCCCCCAUACAGCUUUUCAAUAUCACGUGAUCUUAAUUGAGCUAUAGUGACCAAGCUGUUGUCCCUACUGGUCGUAUCUUUUUAUGUUUCGUUCUACACCUUUGCUAGUCCUUUUGUAAUGAGCUAUUGCUUCUCUCAUGUUGGCACUUAGUCUCGCUAGAUGCACAUUGUUUAUCUACGUGCAAUGUUUGUCUAAUGUUUCUGUACUGAGAUGUCUAUCUUUUGCUACUGUGAUUGCACUAAUGACGACUACCCCUAACAUGUAAUCUUUGCCUUAUAAAGUCCUUCAAAUAAAAAUAAAGUGGUCUGGAAUGGAUUUGAAGGUGAUGGCUGGCAAAGACAGCAGACAAGAGAAUUGCAGAUAUUAUAAGCGUUUUUUAGAUAUGUCACCCUACCUGUUUAAGUGUAUGGCCACAUGAGAGGGUUACAAAUAUACGUUUCUUACCUUGUAUCCUGCGGUGCGCUAGUCUCACUGCAGCUGCCCCGCCUCCUGGACUGAUAUAAUCAAUCUUUAUGAUGUCAACAAAUCCAAUGCUUUCCAUUGAGAAUUAUUGGGAGAUUAGUGUGCAUGUGUUGCAAAUAUUAUGCUGUGCCAGUCAAAUGCUCACUGUGAAAGCAUUUGAUUGAAUAGCAAAGACUGACUCCAUUAUUCCAACAGAAGAGCCUUUAGUGAGUGUCAGGAAGACACACCAGAGGUGUGUUAACUCCACAGUGAAAAUAUUGCAAUUUCUACAUUGCAGGGUUAAAAUGACAAUGGGGGACUGACAAUAACAGGACAGUGUCAUUGGGGUUGGGUCAUACAGGGCAAAAUGGCUAGUUUUUGGCAGCUGCCUCUCCCCCCUCUCUUUGUAUCCUGUGCACACUGCUAGCCAAUAUGUCUUGUUUUUAUGACCAUUGGAUUAAUACUAUUUCGUUUAUUAGGUGCAGGCAGAGAGAGAGCAUCUCCCAGUGAAAGCAGACACUUUGGAAAAGCUCCAGGACCAUGUAGAUACGAUCAUUCAGGAGCUUCCCGAGGAUCUGCGGGGGAUAUUACUCAAAACGAACACAUCAUGAAUGAUGACUGGGCAAACUUCAUGAAGACACAAGCAUUAACAAUGAACUAAUCAUGCUCAAAGCACAACCACUGUUCGCCGAGGAGAAGUCAACUGCCCUUGGCUAAGCAAUUUGUUUCUGGCCUUCUAGAUAGAGAAGUGAUCACACAAAGGUUCUUGUGGCUGCUUGCAUAUCUCUUCUGUAUGAGCAAGAGAAACACAGACUACAAAACCAAGCAGUUACAGGAUACAUCUGUUAUCAACUUCAUCUUGUUACAAUAUGAAGACAUUAUAUCUAACCUCAAAAGGAGGAGGCAAUAUAUGAUAAUGUUGCCUGUAUGUAGAGAAAGGGGUCUCUUUAGACCCUGCCCCUAAAUAUAUGAUCAAGUGUUAAAUAGCUUAAUAAUAGUUUAAUAACAGAGGAUGACAUUUUGGAUUCUCUUUUAGUGGUUGCAUGCAAAAAAGAACAAACCUUUUAUCCUUGUUUAAUACGGGCAUUACAUGCUUAUGGAUGCAAAACACCCAUCCCCCCAGAGCUUGCGCUCUGUCGGUUGUAACUUCAUUUAACAAUCAUGUUCAAAAGCAUACAAAGGACAUCCAAUUGUGGUUUGAAGAAUACUACUUAGUGCCUUUUAUUCUACACACGGAUCUUUUCUGAUAUUUCAUAAUUUGAACAGUUGGAUGUAAAGGCAGGAGUACUUUGUAACUCAAUAUUGGAUGAGAACACAGUUCUAUUCCUUAAGAUGCAUAACAGCAGAAAUAACCAAACUUAAUAGAUUGUCCAUUAAGGACUUCUGCACAUUCAGUAAAUCCCCUCUUAAUUGUGCAAAAUAUUUAUUUUAAUGUAUUUAACAUGUGCAGUCUCUAUUCUCCUGUUGUCCAUAUUCCAAGUAAAUGGCAUAGUUCAGCUUUUUGAGUGAAAUGCAUUUCUCACCUUUCUGGCAUUUGAACGUUUAAUUUACAUGGAUUCUGCAAGGCUGGUUCAUCCAUCCAUGGAUAUAUGCACAGACAUUUACAAAAGGUGCAUACAUCAUCAAAUUAUUACAAAAAGAUUGUGACUUUACUACUGUCCGAUGAACACUGAACCCAACUUCAUGUUCUAAAUUAUGGCCACUGGAAAUUGAUAUAAAUUGUAUUGAUUAUGUAAAUGUCAUUUUUUUUUUUUUGAUAGCCGUUUGGUUUCCUUUUGUUUGCCAGAAAGAUUUGAAAUGCAUGGAGUUAAAAUAUGUCGUGCCCCCAACUGUGGCACUAAAUUAAUUGUUUUUCCUGUUGCUCUUACGAUGUAUAUACAUAACUCUAAUUCUAGUUUUCUGCUGCACAGUUCUAAAAUCUUCCAUUUAAAAAAAAACUCUGUGCACUUACACACCUUUAAAAGUUUAUUCUAAGUGAGCUAUGCCGUGUUGAGAGCAGAGUUGCAAAAUUGAGUGCAGAGCCAAAAAGCUGGGUUCCUAAAUUUUGCAAACUUCAACAUUUGGUAUCACAACUUGCUUUGAAAAUGACUAAACCACUUAGAAUUUGCAACUGUUGUAAUUGAGUAGUUGAGUAGUCUAUGAAAGUGUAAAGCUGCAUACACUGCUGUGGGGUUAUGACAAAACUUCUGCAACCAUGGACCACCUGACAAUAGUUUAGGUAUGUAAUAUUUCUAUACAAAUUCAGACACAGCCUAAAAUUGUAUUAUUUUAAACAUCAAACAGACAAUGUUUUGAUGCGUUUGUGUUUAUUGUAUCUUUCUCAAGCCCGCUUUGAUAAAGACUCCGAAUCUAUUGAAAUGUUGACAGGUCCACUCUGUUGGAUCCAUUGUAGAAGUAAAGUUGUGCAAUCUAUAUCUUUUCUGCAAUUGAGACCUUGAGCUUCUGUCCAAAUGCUUUUUAAUAAGAUUGCCUACUGCAGGACUAUGGUCCCAUGCUUUAGAGUGCAAAACCUUACAGGGAUUUUUAACAGAUGGGGUAGCUGCUGAAAACUUAUAAAACAUUGAUCCUCCGUUGUACAACGAUGUGCAUUAGUGUUGCCUCUAGACUGCAAAUAUGUGUUUAUGCAUUUGUUGGAUUAUAAGGGAAACCAAUAAUACUACCUUGAUUUUGGGAGGAUGCCUAUAGGUACAAAGUAUAGCUUUACUUAUUCAAUUCCCAAUUGCUUAAUGCAAUUAUUUCAUGAAAUUAUGAUAUUUCUAGAAUCAUCAUUAAGAUGUGUUUAGAUACUAGAUGGUAUAUGAACUACUAACCACUCAAUGCCCAAAGAAUGUAUCGGCUUACACAACUAUACAAAAGUAUAAAGUUGUAGCACAAACUUGGUCAGGUAGGGAAUUACUUGCACGCUACUCUAGACUUGCGCAAAAAAUAGUUUAGACCAGUUCAUCUAAAUCAAAUUAUUUUUAAUACACAUCCAAAUGAAUUAUUAAUGGAAUUAGACUUCACAGGUAAAUCCUGGACAGAUUGAUUUGUUCGGAUGUGAAGUGAGAGGAAUUUAAUUUGGACAAACCGGUCCAAACUAAAUUUGCCAUGUGUAAUUUGCCCCUAAUACUUUUGUAACAAGGGAUUUCUUGUCCUUUGUGCUGAUGUGCCCGGAAUGACGUGUACUGUAUAUAGGCUUGUGCACAUGCUAUAAAAGCUCUUUGAAAACCAAGCUGCUUAUAUUCUAGCAAAUAAUCCUUAUCUCCAGUACUACAGACAAGUGUGCUUCCUAACACUUUCUUAUGUAUAAACCUGGUUGGGAGCAAUAAUGUUUUUCAAACCAUCCAAUGUCUACAAAAUUACAAGCUGCAUUGGUGGCACUCGUAUAGGGAAUAAAAUGCCAAAUGCUUGUUUGUUUGAUUUUUUUUUUUUUUUUUUAAACAAAAUAAAUAAAGAUAUUCAAAAACCCUCUUGCCCAUUAGCACUGUCCACCUUGUCUGUUGCUUCUAACAUAAAGCGACUGAUCUCUGGCAGCAAGUGAUAUCAUAGUCAUAAACAUACACAGGGACUCUAUGAGCAUUCCGGCCUAUUGUAGCUGUUCAGGUUCUAUUAGGCUAUUGGUGCAUUUGUUUUUGUUUUUUUAAGUCAUCAGUCCAGGCUCUUUCACAAAAACAAAUAAAAUGGUUCCUAGAACCCUACACACUCCACCUCAGCUGCUUACAUGAUUGUGAGGAUCUUCAAUUGCUAUAUUAUACCUUCCGAUGAGGCAGUCACAUAUCGAAUCACUGCAACUCUUCUAAUUCUAUGAAUUAAUUAGUGCAGAUUUGUGAUUUGGUCUAGCACUCUAAGCUUAACAUUGCACAUGCUAUUUGGAAAGAAAAUCAUUUGAAACAGUUUGAGAAAAGCUGGGAGAAUGUGCUCAUAGCCUAAUCGCAUCAUAGCCACUAUAAUAAGCUGUAAUGGUGCUUGGUGUUCCUUUAAACAUAUGUGCAUGUUUAUCAUAGUAGACAUUUAUGGGACCAUGAGCACUUCAGCUUUUUGUAAAUCCAAUGAGAAACCUGAAUGGCAGCAACGAUUUUUUAAUUUUUACUUUAAGUGCUUGUGAAAUGUCACGUUACGAAAAAAUAUUACGAAAUUAAUGUGUCUUGUCUCCCACAGCAAAAAGGGCAAAUUUGCACCUUUUCACAAUUUUCUAAAAAAUGUUUUUAUUUAAAAUGUUUUCUUUUUUUAUUUAUUACAGAUUUUCAAAUAAUCCAAUAACCAAAUUCUCUGGAUAUUAAAAUUCUAUUUUGAUGCAUUCUUGAAAGCCUUAGGAAUAACAAUAUAAUGUGAUCUAUUUUAUAACUAAUUCCUAUUUUAAUAUUCUUACAAUUUUUAUGCAAGUAAAUUGCUAAAAAGCUAUAAUUUUCAUAAGAAAUGUGUAUUUUAUUCAUCAUACCACUAAAACACAAAUGCUCUUUAUAAUUUUUAACAGCAAUAUAUUUGCAUUCAUCGCAGAUAUAUGUUUAAUAAAUAUAGCAAAACUGUCUGAGAGUGUCUGUCAGUGUCUGUCUGACAGCGCAUUUGUUUGAUACUGAUCUGAUAACUACAAAUAACAAAAUAAAACCUGUAGGAGACACUGUAAAAUCUCCUACAACGCAUGUUAACUUGCACUGAACAGAACUAGCCACUGCAGUUGAAAGUAUGUAUUUUUCUAAACAGAAUAAAGGCAUUGAUUGGUAAAUAACAA